AUGUCCAAUUCAGAUUCAGAGGACUCCCCAAACAUUGAAUUCCGGCUUGAAGUCCACAGCAAGGAUACACUUGCUGCAUUCAGCAAGGGAGACAAGAACAAAGAUGGAAAAGAAGAUCAAAAGUCCACCAUGGAUUCAGCCAUCGAGAAAGAAAGUGACAAUUUUCCCAUUAAUAUUGGAAUUAAUCUGGAUUUCAUGAACAUAUUACAGAGCAGUGGGAACAAGUAAGAAUAUGCACCUUAUUUCUGAUACAAAUGUAUUUUCAAUAAGAGGUAAUAGCACUGGCUUUUGGAAUUACUGGUAAUCCGAUAACGACACCAAAGAAAGCAAAUAAAGGAAAUUAAAAAGUAGCAUUGAAAAAAAAACCGCUUGAGUAAUUAGAGGUGAGCAUGCUAAUGGUAGAACUAAUAUAGAGAGGGACCUAGUGCAAACAUAUUCUUAUGCCUCUCUCUAGUGCAAGGGUGGCUAAUAGGUAGAUCCUUAACUACUGUACAAUUAACACACCCACAAUGCUUUGACAGUUGGGGAUCUACCAUUUACCCAUCCUUGAGGGUUAUUUUUGUGAGCAGUGUUUGUGCAUUUGAAUGUAAGUAUGUUUUUGUGUGGAGUAUGUGUGUGAAUGUAGGAGUGUGUAUGUACUGUUGCAAUUUGAAUGCAGUGGUGUGUGAGUUGGAUGUAAUGUUGCCAUUCGAAAGCAGGUGUGCAUUUGUGUGUAGUGUUGGUGUUUGGAAGCAGGGAUUUGCUUGUUUGUAAUGGAGGCAUUUGAAUAGCAUUUGAUUAUGUGUUCAAAUCAUUUAAUACGCUUGGUUAAACUUUAAAAAAUAAAAAUUAAAAUAUUUUCAUAUUAAAUUAUUUGAAAAGUUUGUAUGAAAAGAUGAAGAUAUUUGAAAAGCUUAUCAAACAAUAUUAAAUUAAGGGUUAAAUAGGUUGUGUAUUUUAGUUGAUCAUUUACCACCUACCACUCAUUUGUGAAUAAACACUAUUAUGUGUUCCUCCAAUAUUUAUUUUACACUGAAAUGUUUGUGUUUUGUAACAUUUAUCAUUGUUACAGUACAAUUUUCAGAAACUGCAGCAUACCAGCAUACCUUACGCAUUGCAUUUUACUACCUACGGUAUGCUAGUAUGCUGCGGAUCUAUAAUAACGCAGCGCUUUAUAGGGAAGGCAUUUGUUAGUGGAGUGAAUUAAAAGUGAAUUGGUCAUUUGAACUAUUUACCCGCUAUCAGCGCUAUUAGCCAACAGGCAAAUAGUUAAAAAACUUUAGAUGGCACGAGGGUUAAAUAUGUGACAGAUUGCUAGCCAGUCAUCAUGCUACAAAAGUAAAUAAAUGAAUAAUCUAUCUUCAGCCAUGGAGGGGGAAAAAAACAUUUGCAAUAUCAAAGCGUAGGAAAAUUUUCCACUCUUUGCAAUAUGAUUAAGAGUGCUCUGAUUGGAACAUUUCCCCACACUUUAUGAUAGAUUGGGAGAGGCUAUAUUAUUAUAGGUGCUGGGAUAAUGACAGUCUGGGGGAUGGUGACAAUGUAGGUGGUGGUGACAGUGUGUGUGGGGUGAUAAUGCAGGAGGGCGUGAGAGAGAUAAUGUGUGGGGGAUGUGACAGUGUGGAUGGUGAUAGUGUGUGGGGAUUGUGACAGGGUGUUGGAUGGAAAAAGUGUGGGGAUGAGAAUGUGGCUGGUGGUGAUAGUGUGUGUGUGUGGUGACAGUGUGUGGUUACAGUGUGUGGGGAUGGUGACAGUUUGUGUGGAUGGGGACAGGGUGUGGGGAUGGUAACAGUGUUGCUGUGAUAGUGUGUGGGGAUGGUGACAGUGUGUUGGGUUGGUGACAGGGUGGGGAGAGGUGACAGUUUGGGAGGUGGUGACAGUGUGGUUGGAUGUUGACAGUGUGGGAGGUCGUGACAGUGCGGGAGGUGGGGACAGUGUGGGGAAUGGUGACAGUAUCUGAGGAUGGUGACAGUGUGUGUGGGAGGAUGACAGUGUGGGGGUAACAGUUUGAGAAGUGGUGAAAGUGUGGGGGGAUGGUGACAUUGUGGGAGAUGGUGACAGUGUAGGGGGUGACAGUGUGGUGGAAUAGUGAUAUUGUGGGUGUAUAUGAAACAUAGGGGGUGGUUACACUCACAUGAACAUGCUUAAAUGGGGUGCUGCUGGGAGCCAUGUUAUACAAUAAACAAUACACAUAAUCCAGCGCACUCUCCUAUCUACUAAAAAGCAACUUCAAUGUUGACAGAUUUUAUUAGUUUUUUAAAACUUUUUUUCUAAAGGUUUUUUUUAAAAACACCUAAUCUAAGCAAAAAAUUAUGGGGAUUUAGUUACAUUAUAUGAUCAUACAUUGCAUAAGCUUGCCACAACGUUAAUGUACCCCAUCUUUGGCAGGUCCUACUCUCACAGUCUAAUGUCUACUCUUAUGUGAUUAACUCACUUACCUGGGGAAAAAAAUUCCAUCUGAGGCUAUGUGCAGUACAAGGCUAAAUAGGGACAUGAGAUGAGGCACCUGUAACAGGGAGGGGUGCAAAACCAAGGAGUUGGCUAGACUCCCAACUAUAUAUAUAGUUGGAUGUUUUUAUAGUCCCCCAAUCCCCCAAUCUAUCUAAAUCCCUCUGCAGCAAAGCAAUAUCCUGCUUACAUUUUAUUACUUUACAACGUUUUGUGUCAUCUGCAAACACUAAAACAUGGCUUUCAAUGCCUAUUUCUAUAUCAUUUAUAAAUAUUUUAAAUAGAAGCGGUCCCAAAACAGAACCCUGAGGGACACCACUUACCACCACUUGUCCAGCUUGAGAAUGUACCAUUAAUGACAACUCGUUGUACUCUAUCCUUAAGCCAAUGUUCUACCCAAGGACAAGAAUAUUCAUCAAGACCAAUUUCUUUUAGUUUGAAGACUAAACUAUUGUAAAGAACCAUAUCAAAUGCCUUGGCAAAAUCCAAGUAGAUCACAUCCACUGCAACACCCUGAUCUAUACUUCUACUUACUUCUUCGUAGAAUGCAAUUAGGUUAGUUUGACAUGAGCUAUAUUUCAUAAAACCAUGCUGAUUAUUGCUAAUAACAAAGUUCUUCCCAAUGAAUUCCUGAAUAGUAUCCCUUAAUAGCCCUUCAUAUAUUUUCCCAGGCACAGAAGUUAAGCUCACAGGUCUAUAAUUUCUAGGCAAGGAUUUUGAACCCUUUUUAAAUAUAGGAAUGACCUCUGCCUUCCUCCAAUCCUCUGGUACAAUACCUGAGACAAACAAAUCUCAAAAGAUUAAAUACAGAGGUUCACCUUAGCUCCUUAAGUACUCGUGGGUGAAUAUCGUCAGGCCCCGGAGCUUUAUUUACAUUAAUUUUCUUUAACUGCUGUAGUACCUUGUCUCGAGUAAUCCAAUCACAAGUUAUCUGCAAGUUUUUUGAGCAAUCAUUUGCAUAUCUCUUGCCAUAGGAUCCUCAUUAAUAUAUACUGAAGAAAAAUAGUUAUUUAAAAUUUCUGCCUUUUCCUGGUCUUCAUUAACUAACAGACCCAUCUCUGUUUCUAGUGUACCUGCACUUUCGUUUUUUGUUUUUUUUAGAAUUGAUGUACAUGAAAAAAUGUUUGGGGUUGGUAUUGCAUUAUUUGGCUAUCAAUUUCUCAUUUACUAGUUUAGCCACUUUAAUUGCCUUUUUGCAAGCAUUAUUGGCUUCCUUAUAUCUUUUAUAGGAUGCCUCUAAUUUGUCGGAUUUAAAUGCUUAAAAUACCCCUUUCUUAUUUUUAAUCUCUUGUUUUACUUCUCUACCAAGCCACAUUGGUUUCCAUUUGUUUCUUUUAUAUUUAUUACCCAAUGGUACAUACUAAGAAAUGUACCUUUCUAAUAUUUGUUUAAAAAGUUUCCAUUUAUCCUCAGUGUUUUUUUCACUAAGGAGUUUAUACCAGUCGAUAUGUUGUAGAGCUGGCCUAAUCCUAUUGAAAUUGUCUUUUAAAAAAUUAUACGUUUUAGUAUACCCCACGUACUUUUGGUUUUUUGAGUUUAUUGAAAAAAUUAUCAUAUUGUGAUCCCAAAUGCUCCUCUACUUGAAUGUUGUUCAAAAGAUCAACAUUGUUUGUUAUAAUGAGCUCCGGACAAGCAUUAAUAUUUCUGAAAAUAUUACCCUGGAGGUCCUUUUCUUUAGCUUACUUCCUAGUUCCCUGAACUCAUUCUUUAGGACCUUCCAUUUUCCUCUGACUUUGGCAUUGGUACCACUAUGGACCAUGACAGCUAGGUCAUCCCCAGCCCCUCCCAAUAAUCCCUCCACUCUUUUAGCAACAUGCCGGACCCGAGCACCCGGGACACAGCAAACCGUCCAGUUGAGACGAUCAGAGUGGCAGAUUACCCUAUCUACUCUAUUAAUAAUAGUGUCCCCUACCACCACAACCUGUCUAUUCUUCCUUACACUCUCAACCCAACCCGUACUAGAGGGGCUGUUCCUGCAGUACAGCUACUCCGGAGCUGAUGCUCCCAACAUCUUCACUCAAACGGACAAAUCUGUUAGGAUGCACAAACUCAGGACUAGCUAAACCUUUCCUCUUACCUCCCCCACUGCUUCUUGCCCCACUUUUACCCAGCGAUGUGCCUGAUCACCAACUGUCUCUUCUCCUCUGUAACGAGAAUAUACCCCUACACGCAGGAUCCAGCUAAACAGAGGCAAAUACAGAGGAGAGAUACGUCUACCGGACCUUAGAAUGGCCGGACUCGACGUAUAUGAGAGGAGACAGAGCCAGGAACAAACCGAGGUCAAGGGCACAGAGAGACAGCGUAAACUAGGACAAGCCGGGGUCUGGUACACGGAAAACAGCAAGCCGGCAAACAGUACAGAUAAGGAUAAAGCGAAAACGAAGUCAGAAUACGAAGCCAAAGUCAAUACGAGAAAACACAACUGAACACCACAAGCGCUAAAGGGAACUGAAACAGAAACCACGAUAGGGCAACGAGCUAAGGGAAAAAGGUAAGUUAAAUAGCUUUUAAACCAAAGUGAUUGGCUCCUGUCACUUCCACACCCCUAUAGGUAAUUGUAUAGGGAGUGUGGUAUGACAGGAGCCAAUGGGAGCCUUUUGGCAAUUAGGCUCCCACUGUCUCUUUAAGAGCGCGCCCGAGACUCGCGGCGCGCUCUUAGUUUCAGGCGGGACACGUGACCGCUUCACGCGGUCACUGCCCGCCUUCCAUCUGAAGCAGUCGGAUGAGCCGCGCGCGGCUCGUGCAGCCGCAGGACCGCGCGCGGCUUGAAGAGAGGACCGCGACCGGCCCCCGGUUAAGGUAAGUAACGCUACAUCCUCCCACUCUGCUACCUGCCCCCACUAAACUCUGCUCAGUGAGCAGCAGACUGUUAAAAAAAAUAAACCCUACCUCAGCUGUGAGAAAAUGCCUGCAGUUUACUCUUGAGGACUAAGCAGCAAAUAACUUUCAGGAUGCAAAUAAUGAAUUGUUGAAUGUCCUAGGCUGGGCACAUUCAGGGCAGUUGCAAGGAUUUCUGACGCUGUAGAUAAAGGUCCAUUUUGUUACCCCCUCAUGAGAUAUGAUUCGAUUUCCACAUAGGUUGAACUAAACACCAAAUGGUAGUGAACUGAAAACCAGAUUGCAAAAUUAAGGUGAAAAUAGCCAAGCUGCAACUGGUGGUGGGUCUGCCAAGUUGGAGAAUUUUUAAAGUAGGCUAUUUUUGUCUAGAUUUUGCAAUUUGUUUAACAUAUUUAUACAUUUUGGUGCCUAAUGAACCCCCCUUCCACUCCCCCCAGUAAUUAUUAAUUUGCUUUUAACAGGAUGGAGGGCCAUGCCAGCAAAUGUUACUCUUUUAUUAAAACACUAUUUUUGGUUGGUGUAACCUUCUGAUUUGUAUCACUAUUAGUUAAAAUAUAUCCUUUAAUAAAUGUAUCCUGCUUCUGAAUGUUAUUGCAAUUAUGUAGCAAAAGCGGUCCUAUAUUCACUAAUAAUGACCUGACUAAAGCUUUUAUCUAAAACACGAGAGAGGAGAGGUUCAGAUCGAGUACCUGCAACUCCUAUAAAAAAUUUUAUUUGAAUGAGACAGCUAUUAUUUCAUUAAUCACUAUCAUCCUCAUGUCAUAUCUGAAGUUUAAAAAAGAGGAAAAAGUAAAUAAAAACCAGUAAUUGCUGCUCAAAGUUUGUAUAUAACUAAAAGUAGUGACUUUAAAGGGCACCACACUAUACGGAGAGCUACUUUGUACUAUAUAAGGACAAAAGAAUUACACACAUACUAAAAAGCCUCACUGUCCUCAUUGCAGCAUGAUCCAUCACUCUCCAUACCUCAAGGUAAUGUAAGACUAACUAUUGAUAAAAAUUCCUAAUGGUACACAAUUGGACAGAUAGGGAAAAGUGUCAAUAAAUCAGAAUAUGGAUAACCUCUUACUAAGAAAUCAACAACAGUACCCUAGUACUUGGUGCAUGUUCACCAGUAGAUAUUAGUUUAUCAGGAGACUCCUGGCUGACCUUUUUGAUCACAACUUAUAUUAAGUGCAGAGAACAUUUAUUAAAGUUGGCAAUCCAUAUCUAACAAGCCUCUGAGUUAUUGUAACCAAUGGUUGGAAUCUCUACUGUAUUUAAAAUUCAUGGCAAUUGACUAAGUAGCUUAAUCUCUAAAAGGGGGUGUUAAUUUAACCCCUUAAGGACCAAACAUCUGGAAUAAAAGGGAAUAGCGACAUGUCACACAUGUCAUGUGUCCUUAAGGGGUUAAGGAACUAUUAAAAUGUGUUUUUUAAUAAUAAUAAUAAUAACAGCAACAAAGUAUUUAACCAGGAAAAGUACAUACAGAUGACUCUGCUGUCCAAGUGUGUCCUGGGGGUGUUAGUUUUGCCCAACAUCCAAUUUUCCUAUUUGACAUUGUGUCUUAAUGAAAGGUCCCCCCGGACUGUUUCUUGGAAUAGAGGUAAGUGUUUAAAUGUUUAAGACUUAACUAUUUAUGAGUUUUUGUGAAGUGUUGUUGUUUUUAUUCGUGAUUUGAGUAUUUAUGUGACAUGCUCUGCUACAGUGAUUAUUGGAUCUAACAGCCCAUUAUGUACUCUGUAUUAUUCGGUUUAAUUUCUUCAUAUUUUGUUUGAAUUUGUUGUCACCGUCUGCUCUUAUGCCUCCACAGUUGUAAAUAUGUUCUUAUGUAUAUCUAUUGCUAUAUCUGUUUCUCUCCUUUCUUUCUGUUACUGUUGUUACCUACUGCUACAAUUUCUGACAUUCACUGUGACUAUAUUAUGACCCUGAGGUUUGGCAGUGGUUUCAUAGUGACUGGCAGUUCUCUGUUGGUUUUGAUUUUGUUGUUCUCUGUCACCGUCGAUAUCAGUCACCCUGUUUUUUCGUUUUCUGGUGCCUAUUUUAGCAUCUUGGAAGUUUAGUAAUGAUUUUAAUAAAAGAUCUGGAUAAGGACUGAAGUGUUGAAGAAGGAAUUGAGGGUGCACCCGGAACAUGCAUUUCUCAGUAGUGGUGUUGCCGUAAAAAUCAACAUUUAUUGAAAAUACAGAUUAAGGAACAGUGCACAAUGGAGAAAAUGCAGUUCUAAACUUUACAAGGUUAAUUAACAUCACCUGUCUUAUCAAACAAAUAAGGGGAUUCAGUUAUACCAUAUGCCAAAUGGUGUAAGUGAAUCACCACAUGUGUUUGUUAAGAUAGGGGAUUUAAAGGGACACUAUAGUUACCCAGACCACUUCAGCUCAAUGAAGUGGUCUGGGUGCCAGGUCCCUCAGGUUUAAUCCUUCAGAUGUAAACAUAGCAGUUUCAGAGAAAAUCUAGUGUGCAGAAUGUCCGUAGGAAAGCAUUAAGAAAUGCUUUCCUAUGGACUGUUUGAAUGCGCUCGGCUCUUGCCGCGCAUGCGCAUUCCGCUCCACUCGGGAGCUGACGUCGGCAGGGGGAGGAGAGGUCACCCGCGCCAGCGAUCGCAGUUGGGGUGACUCCCAGGGAGCCCCCCGCGGCACAUCCGACGUCCUGAAGCCCCCCCCAGCCAUGUGAGAGUGAGGUCCUUGCGAGGACCACACAAUCACAUGGCCGGGAUAGCUGGCUUCUGUAUUGCCAGCAGGGGGGCUGCCUGUAAUGACAGGUGGUCCCCCUGCUGGCUGGAAAUAAAAUAAAAUAAUGUUAAAAGUGUAUUCAGCAAAGUCUCACGUGCAAAACAGUACCCCCUAUAUACAGGUUUUAUGGUGUUUUGGGAAGUUACAGGGUCAAAUAUAGCACGUUACAUUUGAAAUUUAAAUUCUCCAGAUUGGUUACGUUGCCUUUGAGACUGCAUAGUAGCCCAGGAAUUAAACUUACACCCAUAAUGGCAUACCAUUUGCAAUAGUACACAACCCAAGGUAUUGCAAAUGGGGUAUGUCCAGUCUUUUUUAGUAGCCAUUUGGUCACAAACACUUGCCAAAAUUAGCAUUAAUAUUUGUUUGUGUGUGAAAAAUGCAAAAAACGCCAAUUUUAGCCAAUGUUUGUGACUAAGUGGCUACCAAAAAAGACUAGACAUACCCCAUUUGCAAUACCUUGGGUUGUCUACUAUUGCAAAUGUUAUGCCAUCAUAGGGGUAAUUUUCAUUCUUGGGCUGCCAUAGGGUCUCAAAGGCAACGUAACCAAUCUGGUGAAUUUUAAUGUGAAUAAAAUGAAACACAAGCCUUAUAUUUGAUGCUGUAACUUUUGAAAACACCAUAAAACCUGUACAUGAGGGGUACUGUUGUACUCGGGAGACUUCGUUGAACACAAAUAUUUGUGUUUCAAAACAGUAAAAAGUAUCACAGCAAUAAUAUCGUCCGUGUAAGUGCUGUUUGUGUGUGAAAAAUGCAAAAAACCCUUCACUUUUACUGGCGAUAUCAUCGUUGUAAUACAUUAUAUUUGUGUUCAGCGAAGUCUCCCGAGUAAAACAGUACCCCCCAUGAACAGGUUUUAUGGUGUCUUGGAAAGUUAUAGGGUUAAAUAUAGUGCUAGCAAAUUAAAUUCCCUAUACUUUCGGCAUGGGUUGUCAGGCAGGUCCCGCUAAUUGGGAUCACCGGCGACCGGGUAAGUAACAAAAACCAUGAGGGCGUACUAUUACACCCUGCGGCAUUUAGAGCCGCCUAGAAUAGGGCGUAAUAGUAUGUCCUCCGGUUUUUAGGGGUUAAUGGCAAUCAGACUUCUCGUUGGAUCAACAACCUGUUUAUUUACAUAUCAAUUAUAUAUAUAUCUAUAGAAUCUUAUCAGACAUUCAGCAUCUUUAUUGUUCUUGUCGUAAAGAACCCUUUCCUCUGCUGUAAGCGAAAGCCCUUUCUUCUUGUUUCAAUUGGUGACCUCUUGUCUGUUUAUUCCUGCUAAUGAACAGGUUAGCACAGGGCGCUUUGCACUAACCCUAUAUAUAUUUGUAGGGUGCUAUCAUAUCCCCUCCGAGGUGCCUUUUUUCUAAAGAAAACAAACCCAGUUUGUCUAGCGUCUACUCAUAACUAAUGUUGUCCAUCCCCCUUACUAAUUUUUAAGCUCGGCUCUGCACUCUUUCCAGUUCUGCAAUAUCCUUCUUUAAAACUGGUGCCCAAAAUUGCACCAAAUAUUCAAGGUGGGAUUUUACCAUUGAUUUACAAAGAGGCAAAAUUAUAUUUUGAUCAUGUGAAUCAAUAACCCUUUUUAUACACAAAAGCACCAUACUAACUUUUUGCAACAGCAGAUGGGCAUUACAUGCUAUUGCCUAGUUUGUGUUCUAUAAUUGUUCCCAAGUCUUUUUCAUUUAACAUAAUGCUGAACUUAACCCCAUUUAAUAUAUAUGUGGCUUGUGGGUUCCUUGUUCUAAAAUCCAUGACUUUACAUUUAUCUUUAUUGAAUCUCAUCUGCCGUUUACCUGUCGGUCAAUUUAUCCAAAUCCAUUUGUAGAGAUGUUAUAUCAUGUUCAGACUGUAUUAUCGUACUUUUGUGACAUCUGCAAACACUGACACAGGACUUGCAAUUCCCACUUCAAGAUCAUUUAUAUAAAGAUUAAAGAGAAAUGGACCCAGGACAGAUCCAUGAGAUACUUUACUUACCACGUCUGUCCAAUUUGAAAAUUUUUCAGUUACAGCUACUCUCUGAACUUUCUCUUUAAGCCAGUGUUCUAUUCAAGAACACGAUCUAAACCAACUUUAGUUUUAAUUUUAAAUGCUCGAAUCAGAGGUGGCUGGCCUAAAUUUACCGGAAGUAAAGUUUUGACCGGGUUGCGACCAUCCACCACAUGUGCAGAGUUCCAUGACGCUGGGUGGAAAUUCCUGGUCACCCAAAACAAUGGCACUUUCCGCAAAUACAUAGAGCUUGCUCAAGUCCAGAAUAUCAUUCGAAGCUUCACCACCUCCUCUAUCUCCCCACCAAAAAUUGUCUAGCUACGUGGUUCUGAGACCGUGAGCACUCUUCAAAGUUUUAGUGGACUGCUGCUAGUCUGCGAUACGAUCAGGAGUUCCAGGUCAUUUGGUGGUUGCUUCCGGUCAGGCACGGAAUGUCUAUUUAGCCUUCCUGUUGGUCUCUGAUGCUCCUGAAGGCCGCUAUGAAGAGCACUGAUAUGGGAGGCAUUACUUUGAGUGAUGGUUAGGAGCCAUAUACAGUUCCUGUGUGACCUGGUUGUCUGUCACACUUCUCCCGCCUUGUAUUCUUCUCCGGCAGACAUGGCUUGACCCAUUUCGGGUCAACUUGGGGAUGUCCAGCUAAAGUGUCCAAGGUCACUAGCUCAAUCUACUGGGACAAACUGAGUGAAUUAGGGGUUGUCACACUGAACCUCUGUCUCUGGCACGCUCACCCAUCCUCAAUGUGCCACACUUACACCCCUCAACUUGUCACACUUACCUACCUCGCCCUGCCACAGUCACCCCUCUAAUCACCGAUGACAGUCACCGCCUGAAGACAGUUAUUAUUGUACACAGUCAUCUCCUAUGUAUGAAACGCAACCUCACCAUAAACAAAGUGGAAGUGUGGGUGUAUGCUGGGAUCUCACUAAUCCUAGUGUGCACCAGCUGCCUGCACUUGAAAGGAAAAAUAAAGGACAUUCAAAUGAGUCUCUGGCCUGGGUGAAAAACAUGUCUAAUUUUGCCGAUAUACAUUUAGAAGUUAGUAUAUAUUAAUUGCUUAGUAAGUAAGGGCAAGUAGACUUUUGCUUCAAAGUUCUCCGUUCAAAAUGUUGCUAUACCAAGUAUUUGUGAUGAGAACUAUUAUCUAAUAUCUAUGUGGGAUUUCUUUUUAUCUAGCACUCAAGAUAUCAAUUUUUACACAAGAGACAGAAUCUUUGAUGCUGUGGCAAAUGAGAAUGUAGAAGACUUGGCUGGACUUCAGGAGUAUCUUCGACGAACAAUGGCUAAACUCACUGACACAGUAUAUACAGGUAGGUGUACAGAGCAUAGCAUGGCUAAUGGAGCUACAGCUCGCGGCUCAUGCUUGCUAAAAAAAAAAAACUUUUAACUUAACACAUUACUUUGUGCACUGUUCAGCAACUCUUGCUGCUUCUAUCCCUCUAAGAGUCUAACAUCCUCCUGUCAUUAUGUGGUCCUUUUCUGCUGCACUCACUAAACACACAUUAUUCUCCGUACCAGGCUGCAUGUCAGGAGCAAGCUUCUGCCUGGUAGUAAGAUGGCAAGCUGAGUGGUAGACAACAAAUCCUGAGGAGAGUGCAUUCGGAGUUUGUGAUUAGCGAGAGAGAGGAAUUGAGAUCUGUGGAGCUUGUAAGAUGGACAGGGUUGACAGGUGAAGGAGAGAGAUUAACAUAGGAUAUGCACAAACUUAAAAUGCAUCCUGCAAGUGUCUGUUCAGCACCACCUCCACUAGAAACAAGACACAUACAAAACAUGUCGGUGCGCAGAAUGAUUUAACUGCCUUAUUUUGUUUCAUAAGUGUAUGAACAUUCUAUCGUUCAGGUCAAUGUUGUCUACCAUCCAGUCCGCAGACUGGUUGCAGUGUUUUCCAUAGAUUGAAUUCUGGAUGGAACUUUUUGCCAUGGUUAUCGUGUUUUUAGUGCAGUGUGAGAGUGCAGCUUGACCUCUGCCUACCAAUUCCCUGGAUUUACCACCAGAGGUGUAGAUCUGCAGGGUAGUUUCUGGGCGGGUGCACAGCAGCUUCCAGAUGUCCUGUUGCUGGGUAUGAGCCCAAAACAGUACUGACCCUGCUGUAGCAUCCUAUGGCCUCUUUGCCUGGAGUAAGUUGGUCGUCUCAGCCAACUGCUAGAGCUACAAGCUAACCGAGGAGGUUUAACACCCUGGGCCAUCUGUGCUCUGCUGAAGAAGAUAGGUAAUACUUGAAGGUUUUGUGGAGGUGUGCUGGUUGCAACAGCCUCCCUCUCUUAUAGUUUCCUCCAGAAUGUGGCACAUAGGAAAUAAAAAACAGGUAAUAGGCCACAAUAACCUGCCAAGUUCCCAGGGGUUGCUGCAUGGUGCUGAGCUGCCAUCUUAGGUCAGGCUAAGAAGAAAUAAAAUGCAGAGUACUUGAAAUAUGAAUCCAAGUCAAAAUCUUUAUAAAACCAGGCUAAUCCCCGCCAGUCCAAAAAGGGGAGAAGAAUGGGGCCAGCUGAGACUGUGUACAUUUGAGAACAGGAGUUCAGCUGCUUUGCUCACCCCAUUAGGCUGUAACAGGUAAGCCUAAGGUAUCGAAGCAAAAUCCCAAAGUCAGCAAACCAAAAUAAAUCUAGUUUUAUAGACAUAAAUCCAAGAAAAGCUCAGGAGCUCUGGUUGCAUCUGGCUUGCUUGGCUGCUUGGCCCCACCCUCCUGUUUUAGCAAAUAUUUGCAAAGCUCCAAAUUAACUUUACAGAAUACAUGGUUGAUGAGGGACUGACAGGGAAGUAUUAAUAUAGUUGGGCGGGUACUUGCAAGGAAGCGUGUAAUAUGUUUGUGAUAUGUGUAAAAUCUGGCAGGGGCAUUGCUUAGGUCAAAAUAUACCCAGGGCCUAACCUAAUCUCAGAAAAAACUUGUGAUCCCUCCCUUAACUUAACAAUGCAUACAUAAAGACACAUACUCACAGUUACAUACUAAAGAAGCACAUAGAGAGUUAAAUACAGAAACACACAGAGUAACAUGCCAAGGCACUCACAUUUACAAAUGCAUACCUACAACCAUAGAUGUACAAAAACAACCACACAUACAUAAAUACACACAGGCACACAUAUACUUACAUAAACAGGAACAAAGAUACACACAGGCACACACAAGUAUAUACAGGUGCACUCCAGACCACACAGACAGAAAUGCACUGAUACACACAAACACAUUCACAAACAGACAUGAAAUAAUACGCAGACACAUAAAUAUACAUAAGCACACAAACAUACACAUACAGAAAGCACACAUACACAGACACAUACAGAAAACACACAUACACUGUAGCGGAGAUACAAUAUUCCCCAGGCUAUCUCCGCUUAUAAUCCUAGUGAGGCUCAGGAACAAGGAAAUUAUAAGUCCACAAGCAAGGUUUCCAGCAGGCAAAAUAAUCCAAUAGUAUCCCCACAGCAAUCCCAAUGACUGGACGACACACAGGAUCAGGAGCAGAACUGAAAGCUUUAUUCCACACUGGCCUUUUAAAGCAUGCUCCCAUGCAAGGGAGGGAUUACAUUCAUUAAUACAUUAGCCAAUCCUGUCCGGGUAACCUCCCACACAUCUCCUCCCCUCAGCCUGCAUCAUAAUCCCCUUAUCCAGUACAGCAAUUCCCCCCGUUUCUGGAUGCAGGGCCGCCAUCAGGGCAUGACAACCGCAACGGUUGUCAUGGGCCCGGCGGUCCUGGGGGGCCCGGACUGCUCAGGUCGUCCGGGCCCCACAUUCAGUGGGUACAUACCGGGUCGCAGGGGCCCUGCGACCCGGUAUGUACCCACAUGGACAGCCUCUUCUCCUGGGGGGCCCAGCAGCCGGUCACCUCAGGGCCCCCCAGAGGCUGGCCCUGCUGACACCCGGUGGCGGACGGCGCGCGAGGGAGCACUCUCUGUGUGCUUCCUCUUCAGCUCCCUCGCGCACCGCACUGAUGCCGGAGCCGGAAGAUGACGUCAUCUUCCGACUCCGGCAUCAGUACGCAGCGUGCAAGGGAGCUGAAGAGGAAGCACACAGAGAGUGCUCCUCGCGCGCCGGCCCGGGGUGUCGGGGGAAAAUGAAAUUCGAGGGGAGGGAAGGAAUGAAAUGGGAAUGGGGAGGAGGAAUGAAAUGGGAGGGAGGGGAGGGAUGAAAUGGGAGGGAGGUGGAGAGAAUAAAAUGGGAGGGGGGUGGAGGAAGAGAAUAAAAUGGAAGGGGGGGGGAAGAGAAUAAAAUGGAAGGGGGGGUGGAGGAAUGAAAUGGGAGGGAGGGGGAGAGAAUAAAAUGGAAGGGGGGGUGGAGGUCUCAGCGGUGUUCGCCUAGUCGAGUGUCCGUUUUGAGUUCCAGACACUCGACGGCAAAACACCGCUGUUCGGGAGUUUAAGAUGGCGGCCGCCACGUGUUCGUUUCCCGAAUGGCGGCCACCCCCGAGAACAAAGGAUUGCUACACAGCUUGUCAAUUACCCGUUCGCAACAAUGCUGCAACGGGAAAUUGAAGGCACACUUCACACAGGGGAGGUUUGACUGUUCGGUAGUUUCAUUCGAACAACCUAAGGGAAUGAAACUACCUAACAUUCAGACGAAUCCAAUAUAUUUUACACAUAGAACUUUGCUAUUUUACUCGAAUGCAUUCCCUUACUGCAUAGACAUUUUAGCAAACAGACGAAUACAAGUUAAACAUAAUGUAAGUCCCAGGCAGCUCAUGGCCAUCCGCUACACUGCUCCCCCUUGCCCACAAGCCGGCAUACACAGUCUGAUCCAACGCAGAUCGGCUUGGGCAUGUCCGGGGAGGCUCACGGAUCAUUUCUCCAGGUCGGUUUGUCUUGACAACCCGUCAGCAUUUCCAUUCUGUUUACCCGGGCAGUACUGGAUAUUAAAGUCAAAGGGCUGCAGCGUCAAACUCCAGCGCAGCAGCCUGGCAUUGUCCCCAGCCACCCGGUUUAGCCAGACCAACGGGUUGUGAUCCGUGAGCAGGGAAAAAGCUUGCCCAUACAAAUACGGCUGUAAUUUCUUUAGGGCCCACACCACAGCCAGGCAUUCCUUCUCAAUGGCGGCGUAGCUUACUUCGCGGGGUAGUAACUUGCGACUGAUGUAAGCCACGGGAUGUUCUCCGCCAUCGGCCCCGACUUGGCUCAGUACUGCUCCCAAUCCAAACAUAGAAGCGUCUGUGUGGACAAGAAAAUGUUUAGUUGGAUUGGGAGCUGCCAAGACAGGGGCAUUUAUCAGUGCAUUUUUCAGAUGUUGGAAUGCCUGUUCACACUCCGGGGUCCAGGUCACCUGGCGGGGUAGAUUCUUCCGGGUAAGGUCAGUAAGGGGUUUGGCCAGGGCACUAUAGUUAGAAAUGCUAAAACUUGGGUCUUAGUCCUAGGGGUGGGCCACUGGGCCACAGCCUCUACUUUGGCUGGUUUGGGCUUCUGUUUGCCGCACCCCACUCUAUGUCCCAGGUACUGCACCUCGGCCCUCCCUAUGCUGCACUUGGCCGGUUUCAAGGUCAAACCAGCUUCCCUAAUCCUGUCUAGGACCGCUCCUAUAUGGGCCAAGUGCUCCUGCCACGUAUUGCUAAAAAUGGCAAUAUCGUCCAGGUAGGCACAGGUAUAGUCCUGGAACCCAUCCAGGAGUUGGUCCACCAUCCUCUGGAAAGUAGCUGGUGUGUUUUUCAUCCCAAAUGGCAUGACCUUAAACUGGUACAAACCAAAUGGGGUGACAAAGGCCGACUUAGGGAUGGCAUCUGGGGCCAGGGGAAUUUGCCAAUACCCCUUACAUAAGUCAAUAGUAGUGAGGUCAUCCUGUCCAGUAGUUCAUCUAUCCGUGGCAUUGGAUAGGUAUCCGACACGGUUUUCUCGUUCAAACUCCUGUAGUCCACGCAGAAGUGAGCCUCCCCAGAUCGUUCCCCAAUAAAACCUCCGCCGGUAACUGCGGCAUCAACCCCACCUUCACGUGUCCUGACCCCGCUCCCCAAUGCAAAUGUACCCUUGCUGUAGGUAGCCAGUACACUGCUCCCCGGCUACCCUGACGGCCACAGUUUUACUUAGCUUAGCCUGAUCCGAAACCAGGUGACUCUUUACCAGGGUGAUUGUAGCUCCCGAGUCACGUAGUCCUUGGACCGCAUUACCCUCCAGGUAUACUGUCUGUCUGUGAUGCUGUCUGUUAUCAGCAUUGGCCUGGACUAGAUCUGCCUCGUGCAGUACUUCCCACUGUUCCACGGUGGUAAUGGGCACUGCUGAACCAUAUGGUGUUGCCACUAUGUCCUGGUAGUGGUGGGCUGCGGCUGCUCUUGGUGGUUGUGGCGGGCCUGGUCGGAUCCAGGUGGAACGAUCCCGUAAUUGUGGGCAUUCCCUUUUAUAAUGUCCCCAUUUCUGGCAGUGAUGACAGGGCCCAGAAGUGGGCUAACGGAAACGUGGCUGUGCAGUGGGCGGUGGUGGUGGUGGUGGUAGUGAUCUCGGUGGAGCUGGGGUGUAGCUGGUUCCCCCAAAGGUUUUAAAUGUGGCUUUUGGAGCUGCAGGUUUUUGCUGCCUGCGUGCAUCCAGGUACUCAUCUGCCUUCCUGGCAGCUUCGGUGAGGGAGGUAGGGUUUCUGUCCAUUACCCACUCCUGGACAUCGUUGGUUACUCCCUCAUAAAAUUGCUCCAUCAGCAUCAUCUGUAUUACAUCCUCCAUGGACCGCGCCUUGCUAGCUUGCACCCACCCGAGUGCUGCCCUUUGUAACCUGCAUGCCCACUCUGCGUGUGAGUCUUUUUCCACCUUUUUUAAAUCCCUGAAUCUCCGCCGGUAUGCUUCUGGUGUUAUAGCAUACCUGGCUAGUAUAAUUUCUUUUACUUUACUGUAAUUCCGGAUUUCCUCAUUGGGUACAGUACGAUAUGCCUCUUCUGCCCUCCCAGUUAACCUUCCUGCCAAAAUAGGUACCCAGUCCUCUGCGCUGAUUCUAUGCAGUGCACACAGCCUCUCAAAAUCUUGCAGGAAAGCAUCUAUAUCUUCCUCUGUCUCCACAUACGUUUUAAAAGCCUAGUAUAGUAUUUUAGGCUUACCUUCUUGUGGCAUAUUUACUGCAGAGCUGCGUUCUGGGGCUGCUGUUGUCUGUUUCCUUAAGAUGAAUUCCUGGACCUCUGUCAUAGUCUUUGAAAUAAUUUCUGCUGGAGGGUGUUCCCCUUAAAAAGACAGCCUAAAUUGUAGCUGCCUCUGGAACUCCAUCUGUUCCUGUGUUUCUCCCGAAUCCCCCUGUUCGGGAACCGAAUCGCCAUCCAUUCGGUACUCUGCCAUAAGUUCAGUAAUGAGUACUGCUUUCUUCUUGUUGCUGGCUUGGAUACCCCUUGCCUCCAGGAGGUCCUUUAGCGUGGAGAGUUUUAGCCUAGCAAAAUCAAUCUCCAUCCGUACUCCAUUUAUGCUUGUUCCUCUGUGAGUCUGGAUCCCAGCACUGCCAACCAACUGUGAGUCUGGAUCCCAGCGCUGCCAAUAUUCCCCAGGCUAUCUCCGCUUAUAAUCCUAGUGAGGCUCAGGAACAAGGAAAUUAUAAGUCCACAGGCAAGGUUUCCAGCAGGCAAAAUAAUCCAAUAGUAUCCCCACAGCAAUCCCAAUGACUGGACGACACACAGGAUCAGAAGCAGGACUGAAAGCUUUAUUCCACACUGGCCUUUUAAAGCAUGCUCCCAUGCAAGGGAGGGAUUACAUUCAUUAAUACAUUAACCAAUCCUGUCCGGGUAACCUCCCACACAUCUCCUCCCUUCAGCCUGCAUCAUAAUUCCCUUAUCCAGUACAGCAACUCCCCCCGUUUCUGGAUGUACCCCUAAACCUAGGGGUACCCCUUUAAAUUAUGCAUCCCCUGGUAGCCCUGAUCUGGGUGAACAACAUAUCCAAAAAUCACCCAGAUCAGACCAGGGGUUUGGGAAUUUCAUGGAGGGAAUAAAAUGACCGACCACACUGGAUGAACUAGCCGAAUUGGGCUCCAUGCGAUUGGGCCCUGCGGUCGGUCCUGGAAAAGGCGAAUGCAGUACCUGAAAGCCUCCAGCUAUAGAGGCUUGGGAGGGUUCGCCUGAAUCCCCUCGUUCGGUUGAUUAUGCCUACCGAACGAGGGGCCGUUCGGUAGUUUGGAACCGAACGGACCGGGCUGAUGGAGGUCUCAGCGGUGUUCGCCUAGUCGAGUGUCCGUUUUGAGUUCCAGACACUCGAUGGCAAAACACCGCUGUUCGGGAGUUUAAGAUGGCCGCUGCCACUUGUUCGUUUCCCGAAUGGCGGCCACCCCCGAGAACAAAGUUUUGCUACACAGCUUGUCAAUUACCCGUUCGCAACAAUGUUGCAACGGGUAAUUGAAGGCACACUUCACACAGGGGAGGUCUGACUGUUCAGUAGUUUCAUUCGAACAACCGAAGGGAAUGAAACUACCUAACAUUCAGAUGAAUCCAAUACAUUUUAACCAUAGAACGUGCUAUUUUACUCGAAUGCAUUCCCUUACUGCAUAGACAUUUUAGCAAACAGACGAAUACAAGUUAAACAUAAUGUAAGUCCCAGGGCAGCUCAUGGCCAUCCGCUACAUACACAGACACAUGUAUGCACAGACAGACACUGACAGACAUAAACACAAACACACACUCACUAUAAAAUAAAAUUACUGAGCAGCAGCGACCAGUUAAAUAUUUAAUUAUGAACCUCACUCUGUGGCUUAGGUCGCAGACUUGCUGCUCUCCCUGUCCUGCUGGUCUCCUGCAUCAGUCUUAGCUCAGACAGCACAGUGGUAAUGCACAAUAAUAGAGGUCUGGGAAUAUGAUUCUAUAUGCGCUGUGUCUCUAUUUAAACUGUGCUGCCCAAAUGAGGGCCACAUUCCCCUUAAUCAUAGGAUCACACUAUCACAUAGGAAGCUAGCAUAGCAUCACAACAGGAAGCUUUUAUUUGUUCAAACCUAACUACUUCAACCUCCAGCGUUUAUGGUUUGAGCAACCCCAGUCUGCUACAAUUCAUAUGAGUAGUUUUCUUUUUAUUAUUAUGCACUAUUUUAUACAGUCGGCACUAUUUUAUAUACUUUGUGUUUCCACAUAUUCAUGGUGAGGAUGCUACAACCACUGAAAUCCUAAAGUGGAGAUCAUUCCACUGAUCACCGUCUACCAGGAGCCAGUGAAGGCUCCAGAGAAUGUGAAUGGACUAGUCACAUAUUUUUAUAUUUCCUGUGUACAAUAUACUACACUAUAUUGCCUUCUUUAUUUCUAAUUUUAUAUAUCCCAUAUUACAAGCAGUACCUACACAAUGGAGUAUUCCCUCCAGAUACACCAAAGCAGGGGUUAUACUAUUCAAGCAUUCAUACCAGUGCUAGAUUUUAUCUCUUUAGAGUGUAAGAGCAUUCUCCUCGUCUUACCUCAUAUUAGCAAGACAUACUACACUAUUAUAUGUCUCCAUUUCUCUUUUUUACAUACCCAUUGGACUGUGAAGGCGCAACCACCAUCUCUCCCUCAAGGUUCCUUUUGUCAGGCAGAUACGAGAAACUUCUGGCAUGGGUGUGUUGCUGCCUACACUCUCCUCCAAGACACUCCUCAGCACGGAACCAUUUUGUAUUGUUUAUAACAAUGAUUGCCAGUGAGCUAAAAUGAGGGUGCCCAGUUGCAGGAUAAAGAAGUGUGGAUUUUUACAUUAACAGGGUUAUCCACUAAAGUGAGAAUUCAAAGUGAAUUUAAAGUGAAUUUUAAAUGUAUGGCCAAAGUAGCUGAAAUGAAAGCACAGCGCAAUUAGAUAAUUUUUCCAGUUCAGCAAACUGUGACCUUAAAUUUUAAAUUCACUUUGAAUUCUCACUUUAGUGAAAACACUGUAAAUGUUAUUGUUUAUUAGAGGUAACUUUUGGAAUUUUAAAUUUAAAUAACCUCAAUGAAAGUAUUGCUGACUGAAAUUAUAGGAGGAAUCUGAAAUAUUGAUUAGAAACAACAUAUUUUAAAAUGAAAACCCUAUCAGAACUGUAUAAUUCAGUAUUCAAUAUUAUUUUGAGCAUUGUUAUGCAUCAUUAAACUCACUUUUGCAACAAUGGAAUCAAACUAUGAAGAACAGGAAGUAAUAAUGCAUAUAUUUUAAAGAAACACUAUAGGGUCAGGAACACAAACAUGUAUGCAAAAACCCACUAUUUAGGUGGCUUGCCUCCCCUCUCCCCUUAAAAGGAAUUAAAACUCACCUUAUUUACAGCGCCUCGUGGGUCCGCCGCCACUGGUCCCGCCCUCUUGGUGACAUAAUCAGAAUUGCUGAUUUUUAGCCAAUCCAAUGCUUUCCCAGUGGGGAAAGCAUUGGGUUGGCUAAAAUCCACGAGGGGCAGGGCCAAACACAUUUUGCCAAUCAGCACCUCCUCAUAGAUAUGCACUGAAUCAAUGCAUCUCUAUGAGGAAAAUUCAGCGUCCCUAUGCAGAACGUGGCGACGCUGAAUGGCACUGCUGCCUACUGUGCAGCACUGAGCCAGGAAGCACCUCCAGGGGCCAUCUGAGGAAUGGCCACUUGGAGGUGUCCCUAGAGGCAAUACAUGAAAAUGCCUACAUAUAAUCAUUAUACUCACCAAACAACUACAUAAACCUGUAGAUGUUCUGGUGACGAUAGUGUCCCUUUAUGUCUGCAUACUUCUGAGGUUACUCUAUAGACAAUAUUUCAUGCCAAGAUGCACUACAUUGUAAUUAUACUAUUUUGUUAUUACAUUUCAGAUCCUGCCACAGGGAAGACAUGCCUACUUAAGGCCAUGUGGAACUUGAAGAAUGGAAUGAAUGACACAAUCCCGGUCUUGCUGGAAGCUGCUAAACAAACUGCUAAUCUGAAAGAUUUGGUAAACGCUCCAUACACAAAUGCUUACUUUCACGGUAAGGGAACAAAAUCUUCUCCAGGUUCUGAACUAACAAAAUAUAGCUCGUGACAGAAUUACUUAGUACGUCUGCACAUUCUUUUUGUUCCGACUUCUGUCCACAAUUUAAUCCCUUCUUAAAUAUUAAUAAACUCUUGAACUGUCAAAUUGUCUCCAUUCAAUAAUUCACACAAAAUACAGUGAAAGAGCCACAUUGGAAAACUAUCUUGUUGGAGUCAGAGAGUUUGUCUACUUAUUUAUUCAGUGCCAGGAAACUAAACAGCACAUAGCAAUGAGUUAAACACUUAUAUAAUUUGGGUUUUCUUUAAAGAGCUAUGUCUUGAGGAAGUAAGACAUGGUUCAAUGUACUAGCAAACCAAUGUUGAAAGACCAGGGACUAAUUGACAUAAUCCAAAAAUACAAUAAAAUGUGAUUUAAAAAAGUGUUGUGCUCAAGGUGUAAAAGGAAAGCAUUAAAACAGAAAUGGUAGGGCCCAAAUUGGAAAGAAUUUAGGGGGAAUUUACUGAGUUUAUCAAAACUGAGCCAGAAUUUGCUUGAUAGUGGGCAAAGCUAUUGCCAACUCUUUUGCCAGUUGCAGAAAAGUGGUGCUCUAUUCCCUUUUUAAAAAACAACAACUUUUAUAGAUUUAUGGAUUUUAUAGAUUUUGCAUAAAUAGCGCAAACAGUGUACAGUGCAAAAUGUAAGUAAUGCAACAUUACAUUCAAUUAAAAUAACAUGAGUUUGUCUAAGUUUAGGUAGUUUCCUUCAUGCAGAGAUCACAAUACUUUUCAUUUAUUAGACGAAUGUUAAUCCCGUAGUUGAAUCAUGACUGUGAUAGGACGGUUGGUCAGAUAAACUAAGGCGUCAGUCAUUUUUGUAGAAUCAAUGAGCAGGAUAACAGUUAACCGUAUCUUGCUCCUAAAUUAUGUGGACCAUGUAGACUACUCGUAGAGCGUACGACUAUUCUGGGAAACGUGUUCGAACUGAUCUUUGUUUAGUAAAUUCUCUUUAGUGUGCACUUGUUAAAAUGAAAUUGUGAAACAGUAAGACAUAAGGAAAAUUUAACAAGGGGAAAAGGGGGGCAAAGGUGCUUGGUUCUUAUGUCAAUUCCAGACUCGUGAAAAAUAGUAGAUUUUGAUCCCUUUAUGACAAGAUGUUGAGUAAAUUCCAUCAUAUAGUAACAGCCCAGUGGCAUUAAGGGGUUAAUGUAUUCUGUAUGAAUCUGAUGGAUGGGAUCCAGACAUAAUGCCCUAUAAGUGGCAUUUGAGUACAUCAAGGUGUAUGUUACGAGAAAAAAUGGAUAUGCAUGAAAUGUCUGAGAUGAGGUGAUAGUCAAGUAUGAGAGAAUGAUAAAGACAGCUGAGUGGAAAGGAAAGUAAAACAUUUAAAAACAACAAAAACAAAACAUAAGGGAUAAUAAACAUCUAGUGGAGAAAGAUGGACAGGAUAGUGUAGGAAGAGAGUAAGGGAAAAAAACAAACCAAAUAUUAAAAAUUACGUAGAAGGAAAAUGGGAUGGAUAGAAACUCAAACACCAUUUCUGUUUAUACAUUAGAUUAAGGAUAUUGUUUGAUAGUUACCCAAGUGUAAGGUAAAAUGAACAGCAACCAUACUUUUGAUUAUUUUUGUAAUUCUGGAGUUGUGAAUUGCAUGCGAGACAUGUUCCAACUGUAUAUGCAAAUAAAAUUUCCUUUUCAUGCAUAUGUAAUUAAGUGAUCACUCCAGGCCAAUACAACUUUAAUGUAUUUGAGAGAUUUUGGCCUCAGUAUUUUUUUGUAUUAUUUUUGCAUGCUCAAUUCCUGAUAGUUACAUAGCAAUCUUGGAUGAAAAAUAAGACCAAAAUCCGUUAAGUUCAACCUUAAAACCCAUUAAAGUUUAAACACACACAAAAAAUAUUUUUUCAGAAUACCACUCCCUCCUUAUUCAGCUCCCUCAUGCCAGUAAGAGUUCAUUAUCGAAUAUAUGCACACAAUAUCAGCCCCAAUAGCACCGAGCUGAUUAUAAUUAACAACCUGGCUCUAAACACUCAGAGAAACUGCAAACAAAUAGUGGUAUCAUCACUUAAUCAUUCCCUCUUAAUGCAAGUUGCUGCAUAGUUAAGAUCAUCCAAUAUUGUGAGUGGCUGAGCUGUGUGCAUACAUUUGAUAAGGAAGCUUUUUUCUGGAGUGUGUGGGUAUGACUAAGGAGGCAAGCCUAAGGUGGAGCAUUGUGUAAAACAUUUUGUUUUGGGGGAAAAAUAUAAGAUUUUUGCAUGCAAAAAAUACAGCAUAUUAAUGAGAUCGGAACAAAAUGCAUGACAGUUGUAUUGAGUGUCCCUUUAAUUCACAGUGAAUCGUGUGAGCAGAACUCUACUACAAGAAGAAUUAAUAUUAAUUCCUCGUAUAUCUUCUCAUAACUAAGAGAAGAAAAGUUACAAAAAGGAAACUGUAUUUUAAAUACAUUUUGCUGCUUUUUUGAUACAGGAUACUUAAUGUAACAUAUUUUCCAGAACCCUAAUGUUUCACAUAUUACCCCCAGAUUGCUAAAUUGUACAUAAUGUCAAUUUACUUAUUUUGUGCUUAGUUUCCCCAUAUACAGUAUCCCACAAAAGUACACUCCUCACAUUUUUGUUAAUAUUUUAUUAUAUCUUUUCAUGUGACAACACUGAAGAAAUGACACUCUGCUACAAUGUAAAGUAGUAAGUGUACAUCCUGUAUAACAGUGUAAAUUUGCUGUUCCCUCAAAAUAACUCACACAGUCAUUAAUGUCUAAACCAUUGGCAACAAACAUGAGUACGCCCCUGUCAGGAUCUUACCUGGGUUGGGAGUCUGUAGCGCAGAUAUGUUGCUCACCCUUGCAGAUAGCCACAGGCCAAGGUGGUCAGGUAAGAAUUCACCCGGCCUGUGGGUCUGUGCACGGGGGCUGUGCAGGAUGAAGUACCAAGUCGCAGGACAGGCAAGGACUCAAACAGCAGGAUCGUCAAAGGAUAGCCGAGGUCAAAGGAUGCCAGAAGACAGGAACAACGAGGAGUAGCCGAAGUCAAGGGAUGCCAGAGGUCAGAGUAAACGUAGUCAGAAGCCGGGGUCAAUAACAAGUAGCAGUUCAAACAACAGGAACACUGGUACAAAGCACACAACAGGAUCAAAGACUUGAUCCUGAUCACAGGGCGAGGCUGAGUUUAAAUACCCUGCUAAUGUCUGAUCAGGUUCAGGUGCAGCACAGCCAAAUUCAAGGUACAGCCCCCAGAGUGAUAGACAAGCCAGGAUGAACAGGACCGGAAUGACUUGCAGACUACAAAAGCUGCUGUGGCUCAGAGGUAGGAAGCAGGACCAGGACUGCAAAGUUCCCCGGUUCAAGUCCCUUGUUGGGAUCUCCACGGGUGACCACGUCUAGCCAUCUGUUUGAUGUGGCGAGAACCGUGACAGUACCCCCCCUUCAAGAACACCCUCCAGGUGUGAUUAGGUUUGUCGUCAUAACAGAACACCUCUUCAGGUUCACUGUCAGAAUCAAGCGAGUCCCCAUAGUCAAAGUCCUCAGUGUGGAAUCCCUUUACAGCAUGGGACUCCUUAGUACCAGCUUCUGGUACGGCUGGAGAACAAUCUUUCAGGAUCUGGGUGCAGGUGGUAAGUACUUCUGUUACUUCGGCAGGAGCAAUGUUCGUGGCUAACAAUGCUUUUUCGAACAUUUCAAGAUCUUCUGUACGGACUGUAGUGCCAUUAGAAGCAAUGGCACAAUCCACAGGUACAUCUUCUUUGGGCGGGCAGGAAGUAGUGAUGGUAUCACAGGAAGUAACUUCGGGAGUAGAUACAGGCGGCACUGGAGCAGGGGGUUUUCUUGUGGAAGCCAAGCAUGGGCAAGAAUAACGGCUUCUAUGUAGCUCUUUAGGCUGGCAUGCAGUGUAUACAGGGUGGAGGAAAGAAGUACCCAGUCGGAGAGCUGGAGGUCUAGGAGGACGAACAGGGCAAAGUGUGAUGAAAUGCCCUCUUUCUCCACAGUAGUAACAUAGGCCAUGACUUCUCCUUCGGUCUCUUUCCUCAGGUGUCACUUUGCAGUGAACAAGUCCUAAUUGCAUAGGUUCCUCAGGGUCAAGUGGAACACAGGAUACCUCAGGAGUUUUCCUAGGAACAGGAUCAUAAGGAGACAUCACUGGGGUGUAGUGGUGGUACUGGGUUUCUUGGUUACGAAGAAUCUGAGAUUUUUUGGUACGUGGAGCUGGCUUGGUCACAGUAGCCUUGCAUUGUGAGUCCAUAGCGGUACUGAAGGAUUCCCAGCUGACAAGGACAGGACUCUUUGUCUGCAACAUUUGGUGAGCCCAUACUUUGAUGCAUCCAGACAACAGGUUGAUAGCCGCUCGGACCUUGAUGAAAUCUGUGGCAUAUGUUCGAGGCUUUAAAGAAAACAACACCUCACAAUCCAUUUUAAAAGACUGAAAGGAUGUGCGGCUACCAUCAAAACGGUCGGGCAUGAUGACAAACGGUUCAGGAUAAGCUGGUUCCGGGGCUGGAUGUACUGCGCCUUUAAGAAAUAAAAUUUCUUGCUGCAACUCCAAAACAGUCUGGGCCAGGCUGGACACUGGUUGGGACAUGGGUGAGCACAUCUCUGCGGACUCCAUAUUGAUCAAGUCUUAUGUCAGGAUCUUACCUGGGUUGGGAGUCUGUAGCGCAGAUAUGUUGCUCACCCUUGCAGAUAGCCACAGGCCAAGGUGGUCAGGUAAGAAUUCACCCGGCCUGUGGGUCUGUGCACGGGGGCUGUGCAGGAUGAAGUACCAAGUCGCAGGACAGGCAAGGACUCAAACAGCAGGAUCGUCAAAGGAUAGCCGAGGUCAAAGGAUGCCAGAAGAUAGGAACAACGAGGAGUAGCCGAAGUCAAGGGAUGCCAGAGGUCAGAGUAAACGUAGUCAGAAGCCAGGGUCAAUAACAAGUAGCAGUUCAAACAACAGGAACACUGGUACAAAGCACACAACAGGAUCAAAGACUUGAUCCUGAUCACAGGGCGAGGCUGAGUUUAAAUACCCUGCUAAUGUCUGAUCAGGUUCAGGUGCAGCACAGCCAAAUUCAAGGUACAGCCCCCAGAGUGAUAGACAAGCCAGGAUGAACAGGACCGGAAUGACUUGCAGAAUACAAAAGCUGCUGUGGCUCAGAGGUAGGAAGCAGGACCAGCACUGCAAAGUUCCCCGGUUCAAGUCCCUUGUUGGGAUCUCCAUGGGUGACCACGUCUAGCCGUCUGUUUGAUGUGGCGAGAACCGUGACAGCCCCUAAGUGGAAAUGUCUAAGUUGGGCCCAAUUAACCAUGUUCCCUCCCCGGUGUCAUGUGACUCAUUAGUGUUACAAGGUCUCAGGUGCAGGGGAGCAGGUGUGUUAAAUUUGGUGUUAUCGCUCUCACACUCUCUCAUACUGGUCACUGGAAGUUCAACAUGGCACCUCAUGGCAAAUAACUCUCUGAGGAUCUGAAAAAAAGAAUUGUUGCUCUAUAUAACUGGCAUAGGCUAUAAGAAACGUGCAAAGACCCUGAAACUGAGCUGCAGCACUGUAGGCAAGACCAUACAGCAGUUUCAAAGGACAGGUUCCACUCAGAAAAGGCCUUGCGAUGGUCUACCAAAGAAGUUGAGUGCACGUGCUCAGUGUCAUAUCCAGAGGUUGUCUUUGGGAAACAGAAGUAUGAGUGCUGCCAGCAUUGCUGCAGAGGUGGAAGGGAUGGGGAGACGGGUCAGUUUGUUAGUGCUCAGACCAUACGCUGCAUUACUGGAACCAUGUCCUGUGGUCCGAUGAGACCAAGAUAAACUUAUUUAGUUCAUAUGGUGUCAAUCGUGUGUGGUGGCAACCAGGUGAGGGGUACAAAGACAAGUGUGUCUUGCCUACAGUCAAGCAUGGUAGGAGUGUCAUGGUCUUGGCCUGCAUGAGUGCUGCUGGCACUGGGGAGCUACAGUUCAUUGAGGGAACCAUAAAUGCCAACAUGUACUGUAACAUACUGAAGCAGAGCAUGAUCCCCUCCCUUGAGAGACUGGGCCACAGGGCAGUAUUCCAACAUGAUAACGACCCCAAACACACUUCAAAGAAGACCACUGCCUUGCUAAAGAAGCUGAAGGUAAAGGUGAUGGACUGGCCAAGCAUGUCUUCAGACCUAUACCCUAUUGAGAAAAUGUGGGGUAUCCUCAAACGGAAGGUGGGGGAGUGCAAGGUCUCUAACGUCCACCUGCUUUGUGUGUCCUGUGGCAACCUGUAAAGUUCUGGUGAACUCCAUGCCCAUGAGGGAUAAGGCUGUGCUGGAAAAUAAUGGUGGCCACACAAAAUAUUGACACUUUGGGCCCAACGUGGACAUUUCCACUUAGGGGUGUACUCACUUUUGUUGCCAACAAUGGUAUAGACAUUAAUGGCUGUGUGUUGACUUAUUUUGAGGGGACAGCAAAUUUACACCGUUAUACAGGCUGUAUACUUACUACUUUACAUUGUAGCAGAGUGUCAUUUCCUCAGUAUUGUCACAUGAAAAGAUAUAAUAAAAUAUUUACAAAAAUGUGACUUUUGUAAGUUACUGUAUAUAUAUAUAUUUAUAUAUAGCUGCACAUAUACUCAUAUAUUCUCAUAUUUUGUCACUUUGCCAUGACACUGCCCGUGUUGCACCAGGAUUUCUGCCAGAAAUUCUAAAUUAAAAGUCAGUCCUUCUCAUAUCAAUGACACUAUUUUUUAGCUAUUUAAUAUUUUAGGGUAAACAUAUGAUUUUGCAAUAGUGAUGCUUUGAUUUCAAUAAGUUUUAUGUUAUCAGUACAAAAAUCAAUGACCGCUUUGUCAAGUCUUCAGAUUUACACAUGAUCUCUUUCAUUGUCAUUUCAUGAUCAAGUCUGGAUGUUCCAUUAGAAACAGAACCAGUCACCAGCACUAAUUAAUGGGGGCAUUAGACGUGAGCAUCACAAGCAAAAAGCCAUGGGAUGGAGUUUGUUGAAUCCAAUAUUCACUUACAGAAAUUUACCUAAUGUCAGUCUAAUAGAUUUUUUUUCACUAUGUCUCAAUAAGUUGCGACUUGGGAUAUAUGCACGGAGAAGCCAAAGGUUUCAUUGAAUGAAACAUUAUUUUUUUAGAAAAGCCAGACAGCAAAUAACGUUAUUGUUUUUGGGUGAUACAGACUUGGCUCACAGUGCAUUGUCUGAUCGAUGAGUGCAUGAACAGUAUCUGCAGUUAGCAAAAGGCAAUCCAUUUUUAAAGCAGAAGAACAUCAGAUUUGCAAAGGGAGCUAUUCCCUAAACAGUAAUAUAUGGCAAAUUGGUGAAUAAUUAAAAGGUAACUGCUCAAUGUAUGGUGAAAUGCCAAAUUAAAAAGCAUCUCUCCUACUCAAUUAUUUUCCUAGAUAUUCUGGAGCAGGAAAUUUGGUAUGUAAAUAACCAUGAACGCACAACCCAGACAAAGGCAUGCAUUUUACUUAAACUGGGAGUGGGAAAGGCUUAUUUUAGUCGAUCAAAUGAGUAUUCCAAUACCUCAAUAUAUUAGAGUGCUAUGUUUGCUUAGCACCAAACCUCUCCUUGAUCAAUUGCUGUUUAUUAUUCCUUUUUGAGUUGCUUCCAUUAAGCAAGCCUUUAUUCAUAUUUUAUUUAUUUUACUGCAGGACAGACCGCACUUCACAUUGCCAUAGAAAAAAGAAAUUUCCAAUUAGUUGAACUUCUAAUAAAAACACAAGCGAAUGUCCAUGCCAAAGCAGAUGGAGAGUUUUUUCAAAAGAAAAAGAAGGGAGUUGGCUUUUAUUUUGGUGAGUAUCUUGAUGAAAAUAAAUGUAUCACAUGACCUAAAUCUGAACCUGUCUAUGGAGCGCAGGAGCGUACUUACAAUACUAACAUUAUUAGAAUCCAUGUUGUUUUAUUUUUUACAUAUAUGUUACACAUACAUUAAAUUCAUCCUGUAUUAUUAUUCAUGCUAUGUGGUAUAACCCGACUGCAGCCAGUGUGCCCCUGUAUUAAUAACUUGCUAGUGUCAGCAAACUUGCAGCAGCUAAUAUCUUGUGACGGGAUAAACAUUAGCGUACACCAGAGAAAUGUGUAUAUAUACUACACUGGGUUGUAUAGCUUGUAAGGUGGAGGGAGUAGAGAAAUGCGUACUGCGUUUAGCUCAAAAACUGGAUCAAGGAUCACCAAUUCAUAUAAGCAUAUAAACAUUAGAACAAACUAAAUCCACCAGAAACACUAGUGGAAACACCAGUAGCUUGUACUUAGGUUAGGGAGGAAUUACAGUAAAUAGCAAUACAAUAUGCCAAUAAAAAUAAUCAAUUAAUUUGAAAUCAAAGUUAUAAGUUAACUAGAACACAGAUCUCAAUGGUAAAAAAGAGGAUAAAAUAAAUAAAGACAGAACUAAAUAAAUGAAAAGUAAAAAAAUUAAAAUAGAAAAGAUAGGAAAUGUUAACAGAGAUUUAAAAAUAAAAAAGGGGGGGCGGCGCGGUGUAUCGGUAAUCAAAUAGUGCAAUAAGUCCAAUACCUAAUGGUCCUGGACAGGCCCGAUCCUGUUCUCAGUGAGGGAACAGUAAGGAGCCUAGGGUCACAGACGCCUGGAUGCAGAAUUUUGUUUGGUGCCCCAAAUCUGUAUGUAUGUUAGUGCAGGCACCUGUGUAACUGUCACCACACACAUUGUUAACCUCCCUUCACCCUGCAUGUCCUUUUCCUUGCUAUAUCUAAUAUUAGAUACCGGUGCAUUUCCCACGUAUAUUGCAAUAUAUCGUAUAUGAGACCUGCGUGUCUCCCAUAUUCUAAUGUGCACCUUGAUAUUCCAUGACACCUUGACAUUUAUGACCCUCAUUUUGAAUCGUACAUUGCUUAAAAUUAAAAAAAUGAAAUAAAAACGUAUUUCCAAAAUAAAAAAAGGGUGGGUAAAUGGAAAAGAGACACACAAAACGGCUGGCGGGAGAAAUAGACAUACAAAAGGAGCUGUGAGUAAGAGACACACAAAAGGUGCUGGGUGGACAAAGAGAAAGAGUCACACAGAGGGGCUGAGGGGAAAAGAGACACACAAAGGGACUGGGGAGAAAGAGACACACAAAGGGGCUGGGGGAGAAAAAACACACAAAGAAGCUGGGGGAAGUAAGAGACAAACAAAGGGAGGAGAAAGAUAUGCACAAGGGGGUUUAAGAUACACAAAUAUACAUGACAAAGGGGCUGAGGAAAGAUAAAGAGUCACACAGAGGGGCUGAGGGGACAAAGAGACACACAAAGAGACUGGGGAGAAAGAGACACACAAAGGGGCUGGGGGAGAAAAAAACACACAAAGAAGCUGGGGUAAGUAAGAGACACACAAAGGGAGGAGAAAGAUAUGCAUAAUGGGUUUUAAGAUACACAACUGGUUUCCCUCUGGGGGGAAAUAAACAAAAAUGGCCUAAGAAAUGUAAAAGAGGGUGGUUUUUCCUAUGAUGAGAUAGAAAGAGUUAGAAUCGAUGAUCUUUGAGAGACAGAGAUCUGCACCGCCAUCUUUCCAUUAGGGAUAUGUUUUGGAUUUUCACAUUAUCCACUAGGUCUCCCCUUGUAGAAUGGUAUCUCUCUUUCUAUCUCUUAUUAGUUGGUUUAUACAGUGUUCUUGUGUAUCUGUUGAUAUUUAAAAAAAAAAAAAAAGUAAAACAGCACCUGCCAUGUUUGUUACACUAUAUGUAUACUAUUUGAUAUGCAUGUUUUAUGCAUCUUUCUGUAAAGUGUUUAGGCUGAACUAUCUUAUGAUGUAAUAAACUAGUAUUAGGGAUCAUAAAUGUAUUUGGUGAAGAUAACAAUAUGAGGUUAUAAAUAUACAUGACAAGAUACUUAUAUGAUUAUGAUAAGAUGGUAAACUGUAAGAUUAACAUUAACAACACAAAGCUACAAUAGUCCUUAUAAUGUUACUUUACCUAUGCUUUUCUACAGGAGAGCUCCCUCUGUCUCUAGCAGCGUGUACGAAUCAGCCCGAUAUUGUAAAUUUCCUUCUAAAUAACCCAUACCGGAAAGCUGACCUCGCUGCCAUAGAUAGCCAUGGAAACACUGUAUUACAUGCUCUGGUUUUGGUGGCAGAUAACACAGAAGAGAAUACAGAAACAGUAACCAAAAUGUAUGAUGAUAUUUUGAAGAAAUCAGUGAAAAUUAAUCCACAACUCAGAUUGGAAGAAAUUCCCAACAAGGAGGGAUUAACUCCUUUAAAACUGGCAGCAAAGACUGGCAAAAUUGAGGUAAGUCCAUGGAAAUAUCCGUGGGGUCCGUGUGCCAAAUGGGGAGCACGUCAAAAGUCAAGUUUGAAAAAAUUAAUUAUAAUGAACAAUUAUAUUAAUAUUGUGUUCACCUGGCUAAGUGUCACUAAACCAAUGGAAAAAAAAGAAACUAAGAAAUGCCACAAUGAAAAUGUCAUAUAGGCAGUGAAGUAUAAAUUAACCUACAACAUAGAUUUAGGGUGCCUAAGCUAGGGGAUAUUUGGGGCUAGCUGGGGACAUAGGGAUGGAGGAAAAGAUCUGCCUGAGAAGUUACAGUCCAUAACACCUUGUAGGCUGAUAGCAACUAACCAUAAGUCACUCUAAUCGUAACAUCCCUCUAACCCUAAACAUACCCUAUCCCUACGCUCCCCAAACCUAAUUCUAAGUCCCCAUAAAUGCUACCUAAUUCAUUGACCUUCUUAUAAAAUACUACUCUAAUAAUAAACAUUACUUUAGAGAUGUAUUUUUGCACAGGUAUAAAGAUGCUGUGGCACACUUAUACAGCAUCAUUAUAAUAUAUAUUCUCCAAUUUAUUUUAUAUAUUUAAAACAAACCAAAUUUAAAUGUAUACUAGAGGACAUAUCUAUAUCUAGAAUAUGUCAUAUAUAUGAUUCACUGUACUGCACUGCUAUCUACAAGACAGAUCCAAGCGUACACAUGUUAAAUAACAGUGCAUAAAAUAAUUGGUUCUUCUUAGGCCCAUUUUGUCCUAAGGAUAGCAUUUAGUUAAAAGUUAGUGUUUUUAGGAAUUCACCUAUUUAAGCACAGGAUCUUUGGACACUCUAACUAGUUAAAUAUUAAAAAUACUUUCCACUUAUAUUUAUAUAUUUCAGUUGUUCAGACACAUACUUCGGAGAGAGAUAACAGAGCCAGAGUAUAGACAUCUUUCUCGAAAGUUCACAGAGUGGACCUAUGGACCAGUGCACACAUCACUAUAUGAUCUGUCAUCUGUGGACACGCAUGAAAGGGACUCUGUUUUGGAAACAAUUGUAUUUAAAAGUAAUGCCAAUGUGAGUAUGAAAUUAUGUUUUAUUGAGUAAAAUUAUUUUACUGGGGGAUACAACUUAAACUACAAAUAAAACCAGCAACUUACUGCCUAUUCCUUAGAUAGUGAUUUGCUGUGAGUUGACCCGUGGCUUUCAAAUAACAGGGCAAAAUUGACUAGUUAAACUAGUUAAACCCUUGUCAUGUGUUUUUGGCUGUUGGUUGACUAUGAUGACAUAUCCUCAGCCAAUCAGAAACAAAGGCACAAACUGUAGGUCUUCUCUCUUCCAUGAUAUGAGAAUUGCCGAACGGUUUACAAUGUUUGUUUAAUGCAGAAGCAGAGUGAUGUUAAGGAGGUGCACAGGAUACCUCACCAGGUACCUCACCUACAAGCCAGAUUUUAGCUUGCAGCAGUUACUGCCAAUUCAUAUUACAGUCAAUUAGUCUUUUAUUAGCAGGUGGUUGCAAUGACAAGCAACAGAAACAACUGUAAUUGGGUGUCCUUUGCCCCUCACUUAAGUGCCCUCUAUGGCCUUGUCAGACCAGCUCUAUAUAUCUCUACUCAAGGUUGAUUAUGGUGCAGGUAACAUAAAACCUUAUCCCCAGUCACCUACCCAGUUAUAUUUUCUCAUCUAAUUACGUCCACAGUCUCCUGCUCCUAUUCACCCAGUAAGUACUAGAAAUAAAAAUAAGCCAUAAAAGAUGGAGGUUUAUGGCAUAAAAACAUAGGUAGGUAGGUUUCUAGCACUUCUUGUGUAACGUGGAAGGCAGUUGAGCAAUCCAAUCCAGAGGCUCUCCUAUCAAGUCACAAAUGCAUAGUUUAGAAGGUAUAGGAAGCAAUGCCUUCAUAAUGUCCUCAAAUCCAAGUCAACGUGAAACGAGACGGAGAGGACAAACCAUAAUAUAAUGUAGUUGAUUUUUGUUGUGGAAGAAAAAAAAGAAUUGCACUUACAGUGUUUUGAGCUAUAAACUAGUUCUAAUUGCAGUAUAAACCCCGCCGAAGGAUAUAGACUUGGUGUCUUGAUUCGGAAGGGUGAAAUCAGAGUAUAUAUAUACGUAUAUAUAUAUACUCUGAUUUCACCCUUCCGAAUCAAGACACCAAGUCUUUAUAUAUAUAUAUAAAAAGAACAAUAACACUAAUAUAAUGUAGUAUAUCAAGUUUAUAAAGUAGUAAAUAAAAUAUAUACAAAGUUCAUACUCACAUUUACAUGAAGCCUUCUGAUGCUUGAGAAAGCACCAGGAGUGGUGUGAAACGCGUCCAGGGCUUCUCUAAUCUUUCUUUAGGGUCUGCUUCUUUGGUGGUCUCUCCCCUAAACAGCAGCUGCGGGUGGUCCUAUGCUCUGGUUUUGGACUUUUUAUACUUUGUUCACUCAUAACUUUUUUUUUUCAUUUUCACAUGCUUGGACCAAUACAGCUUACAUGAGGACUGCUAUUCUAGUAUCUUGUCAUAUGUAUUUUCAUUUUUUACUUCAAUAAAUGUGCAUUUUUUUCUGUGAUUUCUUUCUGAUGUACUAUGGGAAGAAGGCAGGCUGGCGAAGACAGUAUUAUUCUAUGGGAAAUCUUGAAUCCUGGCAUUCAUGUGGAUGUUACUUUGAGAUGUACCACCUACCUAGAGAUUGUUGCAGACCACGUACACCCCUUCAUGGUAAUGGUGUUCCCUGAUGGCAGUGGCCUAUUUCAUAAAAACAGGGGGAUAAGGCGCUCGCUAUAGUAAUGGGUUAAAGCAGUAGUAUUGGGCAGCAGUAACCAAUACAAGGAUUCCCAACCUUGUGGUAAGAAUAGUGCAGGUAAAUAGAGAUAGGAAACCACGCCCUAGACAGUGUAAUACAGACAAAAUUGUAUACGUACACAGGUGUUAUUGCGAUGAUCUGAAACAAUUGACCUCAAAAUAAGAAAAUAUAAAAGAAAUAAUAGUGCAAUAUAGCAAGUAUAAUGGGUGGAUAUAUGAGUGCUUCAAAAAUGGUCACACUCACAUUUCCCAGAGCUAACUCAGAGCUCAGAGCAGCGGGUGGCCUAUAUGAUAUCAGACAGUUGUUUAUAAUGCUGUGGUAAUGUAUAUAUUUGCAUUUUUUCCCUUAGAAAAAAAACUAUUUCCUCUUAAUAGUUUCAUAUUUCUCUGCAGAAUCGACAUGAUAUGAUCGUACUUGAACCAAUCAACCAGUUGCUGCAAGACAAAUGGGAUGCAUUUGCUGGCAAAAUAUUUUAUUUGAAGUUCCUCUUGUAUAUUGCAUAUAUGAUCAUAUUCACAGUGACAGUUUACAACAGACCCCGUGUUGGACAGGUAAGUGUGGAUGUGGAUUACUAUUGGUACUCCUUUUAUUCCUCUAUUAAUGAGAGUGCUGGGUAAGAAGUACUUUAUCAGAAGGUCUGCAACACGUGCUGUACUGGUCAGAGAGACACUUUGGUCUACCGGCCAGCCUAAGGAGCUACAGAUUGAAGGAGGUGUAAGGAGACUGCUUGUCGGGUUGUGUGUGUGUGUGGAUUCGGCUUGUAGUGUUGCAUGUGUGGGAUUGCACAUUGGGGAGGAGGCUGCUUUUGGGUUGGAUGUCUAUGAAAAGUGUAACGUAGAGUCUUGAGUGUGUGGGGGACAUGGGGUGUAUUGUGUGUGGAGGAGGGGCUGUAGGGUUUGUGUUGGAGCAGUAACAACAUUAUGGGCCCCCGGGCAAAGCAGUGCACUGGGGCCCUGCCUACACUACCACUCACAGGAAUAAAAAUGUAAAUUAUCGAUAAAAUUAAGCAUAUAUUUAUUAAUACCGCCAACAAAUGCAAUACAUUCAUACAAUUCAUACACACAGACUGCUGAACACACACAGACUGCUGAAUACACCCACAAAGACUGCUAAAUACAUACAUAUGGACUGCUGAAUACAUACACAGGCUGCUGAAUACACACACACACACCGAAGAAUGCAUACACAAAGACUGCAGAUAAUUUCUUACAAAGUCAGUCUCAACUUUAGCAGAACCGUAGUCCUAUAAAUACAGGGUUGGAACGAUGUAUAUGCAAGUUAGUGGUUUUUAACCACACUUUACAUGUGCGAUAGAUGCUUUUCACCCUUUUUUAGACCUUUAACUAUUAAAAGUUACAUUUUAUACAAAUUCGAGUGACACACCUGUCAUUUGGUACUACACCUUUUUCCCUUGUGUUUCCCAAGACUAGGAGGGAAACCCACUUUUUAUUAUAUUUCACUAAAUCCUUUUUCUCCUGCUUUAUCUUUAUUUUUUGUACAUUUUUGGUGAAGCUUCUUCACUAGGGAUUAACCCCCACUUAGGAGAAAUCUAUUUAGUAUCAGUUAGUUUUUAUUUUACUGUUUAUAUUCUACCUUGUACCAGUUUUGCAGACUUUUUAUUUUUAUUUCAAUACAUUGCAUUUAUUCAUUUUAUUAUAUUUUCCUAUUGCCUAUAUUCUCUUACAACACUCCUGGAACAUUACUAGAGUUCAUCCAGUUGCUAUUUCUUUCCUAAAUCACUUACUGGCUUUUAGUGGGGGGGGCCUUUUCUCCAGUUGAGCGAUGUUCUAAUUCUCUAUUUCACAGUUUUCUUUUCUUAUUUGAGGAUUUUAAUAGUUAUACUAUUUUACAUUCUCUCAUUCUUGUAAGCAACAUAAAAAUAUUAAAAGAUGAAAUGGUGUUGAUUUUUUCCUGAAUACCCUCUAUAUAAUAAACAUGGCUGAUUAUUUUUACAUUAUUCUUAAAUGUAAUUAAUCCUUUAUUUAUUUAUGUAUUACUCCUUUAAUAAUGAUUGUACUGUUUGUUGUUUUUUAGCUGUAUCAAUACUAUCUACUUAGCUUACACUAAUUCUGAGCUUUCCAUACAGCCUCCAUUCCCUUUAGAAGGAACCGUAACAGAUUCUUUUCGUGUGUCUGGAGAAAUUGUCAUCAUGGUUGGUGGUGUCUACAUCCUAAUAUGGCAGGUACAUAAUCACAUGAUGCUACUUUGUUAUAUAAGGUAGGCCAAAUUUCAAAGUAAGGUUUGACAAGCAAAUAACUCAUUUGUUAGCAGUUCAAUUUUUUGGUUGCAGGUACAUAUUGUAACUGAGUCUUGUUAGAUUCAUUAUGGGUAAUUUCAUAAAGGAACAACAAAUAAAAAUCGUGGAUUUUAAUUGAUGUGAGAUAUCAGGAUAUGAUUAAAAAAUUGUUUACGUCCUGUUAUGGAAAAUCAUCCUGAAAUGUGGUUUCAACAACAUGAGACUACUGCCCAUUCGGCCAGGGCCACAAUGGACCUCCUGAGACAACUAUUUGGUGAGAGGAUACUUUUAGGAAAUUCCCAUAUUAAUUGGCCGCCACAUUCCCUCAACCUUUCAGCUCCCAAUGACUUCCUGUGGGGAUAUCUGAAGGAGUGGGUGUACGCGAACAAACAGCAUACACUUGAGCAGUUUAAGGAGAAUAUCUGCGCAGAAAUUUGAGCGCUAGAGUCUUAAACAUUAACUAAUGCUAUGAACAAUGAAAUUAAAGAGCCUGACUUUGUGAGGCUGUAAACAGAGCUCAAUUAAGAAAUGUCAUCUUUCAUACCCAGUCAAAAUAAUCUCCAUACGUUAAGCAUGUAUUGUAUGUAAUAUAACUGGAAUUGGUUCAUUAAUAAAAAUGUUAUUGCCUCUUCAAACCCUACACUGAAUGGCCCAAUUAAUGCACUAUUUCACAGUAGAGUUGUAUUAUUAGUGAAACAACAUGCACAACAUUUAAAUGAAAUUUUAAUGGAAAAUUUAAUGAAAUACUGGUAUAUAAUUCUGUGCCUAGAUUGUCGUUGAAAGAUAUUUAAAAAAUAAAAACUGUAAAUGUACUGAAUUGAAUUUCUUCAUUCAUUUAUCAUGCAGGAAAUUGGAGAGUUGGACAUAUAGUAUUAGUCAUUUUCUAAAACCCAUUGUUUAGUUCAUAGUUUAAUCAACCUUUGUGCUUGUUCAGUCCGUAGACAUACUGUAAUACUAACAUACUGAUUUGUACCUAUGCAUUCCAUUAUGCAGUGUUUGUGAUAUAAGCCAUAAUCAUAUGCAACCUUAACCCCUUAAGGGCCAAACUUCUGGAAUAAAAGGGAAUCAUGACAUGUCACACAUGUCAUGUGUCCUUAAGGGGUUAAAGGGCUACUCCAGCCGCAAAUCGUGACUUAAUGACAGAAAGUCGCACACACACAGUCAGACUUAAAGUCCAGAACGACUGUAGCUGCUCUAGAAAGUACACAAUGUCUUGGUCCACACAUUCACAGUUAAUGGAAGGUCAGUAAAUCCCCCCCUGGCAUUACACACGUUAGGCCGAAAGGACUUAUGCACUUCUCAUAAAAACGCUGUCCAGCUCACCCAGAAUGUAAUCUUGCCCUUCAAAAUGUAUUCUAUUGCACAGUAUGUUUAUUUGUCAAAUGUUAUUGUUAUUAUACACGGACAACUGUAAAUUGUAUAACCUCAUUAUUCAAUGUCUGUGACCUGAACAGAAAAGAAAACCUAAAUAAAAAUAUAAUAAAUAAUAAAAAAAAAAGGGCUACUCCAGCCCUGUUGGGCAGUAUGUAUAAGGUCUACCCCCCCUCCAUGUUCACUAAAACCUGAAAAAAAAAGAGAUUUACUCAUCUUGAAUCAAACACCGGGCAAUGUUCCCAGCACUGACUUUCACACCUCCUCUAGAGAAGUCUGUGAUUCCAUAAAAUAAAUUCUGUGAAACAUUAACUGUCAAAUGUACAUUUACCAUUUAAUGUCAGAAUUUUAACUUGGUUAUUGUUUUCCUGGCCUGCUUUAUGCAAUUAUAUUACUUUGGGGUGAUGUCCUUUAUCUCUCAGGGAGAGAAGCUUAUGCUACCUUCUUGGUCUUGACAAUGACUUUUCGCACUGAUGACAGACGCAAAUAUGUGCAGAAUUAAUAUUGGCAGCCUGGAACAGAGUUCUUUUAUCAUUUGAACUAAACUGGGGUUAUUACAUCUUUCCUCUUAUACAGAUUAUCUAUUUCUGGAAGAGACGACCCUCUGCACAAAUCAUAAUAAUGGAUGGUUAUUUUGAAGUCCUUUUGUAAGUUGCAAAUUAUUAUAUAUGAAGAUUGAUGUUCUUACAGUACCUGAUAGCUCAUUGUAGAUGUGCUCCAUAUAUAAAUUGUGUGAAAAAUUAACUGCCAAAUGUGUAAGUGAACUUGACAUUUGGUCCUUGUUUUCCCAGCCUCCUCUAUUCAAUAAUAUUACUUUGUGGUGGCGUUGUUUACCUCACAGGGAGUGAAGCUUAUGUCACCUUUUUGGUCUUGGCAAUGGUGAUAGGAUGGAUAAAUAUGUUAUAUUACAGUCGUGGCUCCCAGCAGACCGGAAUCUACAGUGUCAUGAUACAGAAGGUAUGGCAUCAUAUUGAUGGAAGAUUUAAGUGCUACAUCUUUAGCCAUGUUAUCUGUUUUCUGAAGUAUUAAACAGGCAAAUAUAUAUAUAUAUAUAUAUAUAUAUAUAUAUAUAUAUAUAUAUAUAUAUAUAUAUAAAUAGUAGCAGGGAAUUUUGUUUGUAUUUUUCAAGAUUUUGUUGGAGAGCAUAAAUUCUUGAUAAAUAUCACCAGGAACUGGGCAGUAUAUUCCAGCCCAGGUCAAAACUGAAUGUACCUGAGCAGUUGGUGUGGACCACUGAAGAGGGAGAGUAAAACAUUUGGUGUUUUAUGAAUUAUAUAUGAAAGGUUAUAUGCAACAGUGAGACACGGUGCAUAGUAGUCACAUAUGUGCAAGGGAUGGGCUUCCACAUUGAUAUCACUGGAACCCAGUUGUCUUUCAUUUUAAUGCAGAGGAGUGCACAAAAUAGACUUAUAACAGCUACCAGAUUUUAAAAUAAAAAGUUAAUCUUCUCUAUUCUUACACAUUCACAUGGAUAUUAAAAUUAAUUUAACAACAUGAGGCAUACAAAGUGACAGAUAACAGCAGAAGAGUGGCUCAGCAUAAAUAAGAGAAAGGGAAACCAAUGCAUUCGCAGUCCCUGGGUACUUACAUACAGUACCUACCUAGAUUAGCCUUGUUGUGGAGUAUCCAUGCACCUGUCUCAUAGCUUCCUGGACUUCAUGCUUUUGUUCUUCUGCAAAGUCCUUCCAAUAUAUUGCUUUCUAAUGAACACUUCAGGUUAAUUAUCUACUCUUACUAUUGUAGGAUUGUUUGUGUGUUAAAAUACCAAUUUGGACAUUAUUACAACUUAUCGAAAUUAAGGUCUUAUGGUGCCAGGAGGUCCCUGACACCAGCUUACCUUUAGCCGUUCAAUCGUUCUCAAAUGGUUUAACCCCAAAGUCUGUGUUCCAGCACCAUAUAUCAGCCCUCUCUGUUUUCCAUUUUCUCAUAAUAAUGCAGCAUCAGCAGCAGUGUCUCUAACUGACUGACAGAGGCACAUUUAUUUUCAAGCCAGUUUUAUGAAUGAGUAAGUCUAUGAUUGGAUGAGAGCAUUAGCUGACCACUCUCACCCAAUUAGCAGUGCCGCUGCCCAAUGCUACAAGAGUCAUCCUGUUUACAGAUUUUGAAAAUGGAAGGACAACAUUGCAGAGAGAUCCAGCGCUGUAACACAGAACAUGUGGGUAAACCAUUCAACAAUGGUUUUCAGUUACAAUGGUUUGGGCAGGCUCAGGGUUGCCAUUGGGAACACCUGGCAAAUGCCCAGUGUGCUAAGAUCAGUGCUGGACAGGGUAAAAAAAAUUGGCCUUAGCAUUUAAAGUCUGAGCAGCCCAAUAGGAAAAGUGGUGCCGGAGAUAGGGAUUGUUGUCUAACCACAAUUACCCAUACACCUCUCCCCAAAUUUGGCAUUUCUGAUCUGUGCCUCUCUAGGGACACCGAUGAGCAGAGUAUUGCUAAAGAAUUCUCACAUGAGGAAAAUGCCCUGUAUUUGUUCAGCACAGCCUAAAUCAAAUUUAAUGACACACCCGUUCCGUGUUUGCUUGUGACUUGUUUCUGGUAUCCACAUAAUUUGGAUGACAGAGAACAAAAGAGGGACAGGUCUGAUAGAGGGUUAUGUAUCUGUAGGAUUUGUAUAGAUUUGAGUGCUGCUUAUACAGUGGUGGGAGUGGGGUGGAUAGGCUGCCUGUGAUGUUUGUGUGUGUCUAUGUGUUCAUGGAAGCUGCUUAUUGUAUUGUGUGUUUGUGGUAACACUGCUUGUGGUGUUGCGAGUUUGUGGGGAUGCAGCUUGUGGAGUUGUGUGCAUGGUCAGAUUUAUAUGCCAGGUAGGAUUCUGUAAGCACAGAAUUCUAAGGCCCCUCUAAUAAAAGGCAGAUAAAGUGGGCUGUAUGUAUAUAUUAACUGGACAUUGCAGACAUAAAGAAAAAUCUGCAAAAAUACUAUGGGGUGGGAGCUUCAUGGAAUGGGUUUUCAUGGCCAAGCAGCUGCACGCAAGCCUCACAUCACCAAGUACAAUGCUAAGCAUUGGAUCGGGUGGUGUAAAGCACGCCGUCACUGGAUUCUGCAGCAGUGGAAACGAGUUCUGUGGAGGGACGAAUCACGCUUCUCUGUUUGGCAGUCUGAUGGGUGUAAAAAGCUCACAUAAGGAGUAGUGAUAGGUGUUUUACUCUAUAACUACUCUAUAUGUGAGCUUUUUACCAUACACAUUAAGCUAUUAAAUGUUUCCGUUUAUGUCUCCACAUACUGCACUUUAUUGAGGAAAUACCACCACUACUGCCGAACAUAUAUCCUUAGACGGGGAUUAUACUUUCCAUGCUAAUAACAGCAGAGCUCUUAGUAGGUCUCAAAAGUGUGAGUGUGCUCUUGUUACAAAAUAUUACCCUACAACUUUUUUAAAACAUAUUGCACUAAUAUUGCCUGUUCUCCCCUUUUGUCUUUUUGAGAGAUCUACCAACAAACAAGACCUUGUUAAUAUAUGUAUGUAUAUACCUCUUCUGUGUGAUUUUACCUAAAGAUCUAAAGGUUUUAAUGCACAGGUUAUCUAUUUUAUAUUUUUGUUUAUAGUAAUAUCUAUGUAUUUAAAAUGCAGUGUCAUAAAAGUCCCUGUUGGUGUAAUGGUUAGGUGUCCCAAUAAUUUUGUCCAUAUAGUGUAUGUGCAUAAUUCUAUUUGUAAUGUAUUUUGUUUGAAUAUUUGAGUAUAGUGAAUGUACACUGAUCAACCACAUCAUGAAAGCCACACUCUAAGAAAUAGUGCGUAAAAACCAGGAGCUGACUCGUGAUGAUGGCUUGAUGGGACAGUAAAAAAUCACAUGGGAUCUGCAGAGACUGGAAUAUUGCAAAUAUAUAUAAAAAAUAAAUGGAUGUAAACAUUAAAGGACCACUAUAGUGCCAGGAAAACAUACUCGUUUUCCUGGCACUAUAGUGCCCUGAGGGUGCCCCCACCCUCAGGGACCCCCUCCCGCCCAGCUCUGGAAGGGGAAAGGGUUAAAAACUUACCUUUUUCCAGCUCUGGGCGGGGAGCUCUCUGCCUCCUCUCCUCCUCCUGGGCUGAAUGCGCACACGCGGCAAGAGCUGCGCGCGCAUUCAGCUCUAGGAAAGCAUUUACAAUGCUUUCCUAUGACGCUUGCAUGCUCUCACUGUGAAAAUCACAGUGAGAAGCACGUGUGGCUGUCAAUGAGACAGCCACUAGAGGAUAGGGGAAGGCUUAACCCAUUCAUAAACAUAGCAGUUUCUUUGAAACUGCUAUGUUUAUAAAAAAAUGGGUUAACCCUAGCUGGACCAGGCACCCAGACCACUUCAUUAAGCUGAAGUGGUCUGGGUGCCUAGAGUGGUCCUUUAAGUGCUGUGCCUUUUUUUUUUACAUCCAAUUUUUACAUCCAUUUAUUUUUUAUAUAUAUUUGCAAUAUUCCAGUCUCUGCAGAUCCUCCUGGUUUUCAUGCACUAUUUCUUAGAGUGUUAUUUUCUUGUUAUUGUCUAUAGGUUUUUGUGAAUCCCUAUUUGUUUCCAGUGUGAGCGACUCAGUGUUAAUUAGACUCCCUCUCAUCUGUGCAUACAUUAGGUAUACCAGAACCCUCUAAUUUUACUUCCAUGGAUCAUAUUUGUUGUUCUAGCACAAGCUCAAUCGGAUUGAGAUCUGGAAAAUUUGAAAGCCUUGAACUCUUUAUCAUGUUCCUCAAACCAUUGUUGAACAAUGUUUGCAGUGUGGUGCAUUGUCCUGCUUGUAGAGUCCUCUGCCAUUAGGGAACAUCAUUGCCAUGAAGGGGUGUAUGUGGCCUGCAAAAAGUAAUAUCCACAUGAAUGGCAGGACCCAAGGUUUGCAAUCAGAACUUUGCCCAGAGCGUAACAGUGCCUCAGCCAACCUGCCUUUGUCCCAUAGCACAACCUCCAGCCAUAUUCUUCCCCAGGUAAAUUCCCAAUCCUCUAGCCAACCCCAUAAAAUAAAGUCUCUAUCUACCCACAUUACCCUAAUAAUGGUGAGAAGUAGGCCAAACAAAUCUAAAACCUGUAAAAAAACAAAACAUUACUUACCAUCAGAAUUCUUCUUUCUUCUAAUUCUUCUGUUCUUCAGCCUCCAAAAAAGGCCAAAAUAAAUAUCCAUAAUAACUGAUUAGAAGUUAUCACAACCACAACCCCCCUUACCCCCCAGAAAUAAUAAAACACGGCAAAAAAACACGGAGGGCUUACUGUAGACAUUUUCUCAGUCCUGCCUUGGUUAUGGGACCAUAAUGUCAAAGGGACAAUCAACAAAUAAAAAAACACACAAUUUAGUAGAUAUACCCCAAUAAAAAAAUGCAUGUGUCUUAUUAUGUUUUUGUCAUUGGGUUAUAUCUAGCAACAGCUUGCACAAGCUACAAUUCUCUUGUCUGAAGUCUUUGCAAACAAUGCCCUUCUAAACCUGUCCAGAGUUUCAGUGGCUAUCCACCGGGAUUACGUCAACUGUGGAUGGAGAGAUUACAUCGGCUGUGCAGCAUGCACUUGUUUCCCCCUAUCAUUUCAUAGAGAUCACGGAGAGCAUCUGCUCUGUCAUCGGCAGAGAGAGGAGGGGACAUAACACAAAAAAUUGGGUGUAUGUCAUGACAUAUCCCCACCUCUCUGAUAGUGCAGGGGCUCUGCAUUUUUUAUAAAUAUAGAAUAUAUUCUCUAUCUGUUUAAGCUGAUAAUUACAAGACUUAACAUUUUUAAUUUACAGUGUAUGUGUCACUCAUGAUUUUUAUGUCCCAUCUUCUCUCUUUCAGACUAUACUGAGAGACAUGCUUCGCUUCUUGUUUGUGUACCUUGUCUUCCUUUUUGGAUUUGCAGCAGGUACUUUUUUACAUUUCAUUUUGGUUAUUAACUCUUACAUAUUGAAGGGUAUGGCUAUAUAUAUAUAUAUAUAUAUAUAUAUAUAUAUAUAUAUAAAAAGUAUUUGACUCCCUGUUGAUUUUAAACGUUUGUCCACUGACAAAGAAAUGAUCAAACUAUAAUUUUAAUGGUAGGUGUAUUUUAACAGCGAUAGACAGAAUAACAAAUAAAUCCAGGAAAACACAUGUCAAAAAAGUUAUAAAUUGAUUUACCUGUCAAUGAGUGAAAUAAGUAUUUGAUCCCCUAUCAAACAGCAAUAUUUUUUCCUUUGGUUACUUUCUUUGUAUUACUUGUAACUUUGAGUAUCUCUAUGGAACACUUUAACCUUAGGUGUCUUGUGUGCCUCAGAGCACACAGUGACCAUUUUUUUGUGUUUUAUAUUCUAAAUGUAAACAGGAAAUAUUUUGUUUUCUGGUUCUGGAUCUGCCUUACUCCAUUUGCAAAACAUUUAUAUAAUACCCUCAAAACUAAUAACAUAUUUGUUCUUGCUGUAGCUCUGGUAACACUUGUUGGAGAAGCUCCACAAGAUUCUGGAAACAGCACUGAGGCUGAGAAAAGUGAAGGAGUAUCCUAUUCUGGACUGUAUAUCACCAUUUUGGAACUCUUCAAGUUUACCAUUGGCAUGGGAGAGCUGAUGUUCAAUGAGAACCUUAAAUUUAAGCACUUCCUCAUGUUCCUGCUCAUCCUGUAUGUAGUGCUUACCUACAUUCUUCUCCUGAACAUGCUCAUUGCCUUAAUGAGCGAAACUGUCAGUAAGAUAUCUAACAAGAGUGAAAGGAUAUGGAAGCUCCAGGUGGGUUACUUAAAACAGUCCUGAAAAAAGGUGUAUUACACGAAACAUGCAGUUUCACCACAGGCACAUUUCAUGCACUCACUCAGGACUAUUUACUAAAGUGAGAAUUGUCAUGAAUUCAAGUUGAAUUUCAAACUUAACCCCUUAAGGACCAACCUUCUGGAAUAAAAGGGAAUCAUGAUACAUGUCAUGUGUUCUUAAGGGGUUAAAGGCAGGGCUGUCUAUAAUAUGAAUAGAACCCUGGGCAAAGAAUUUUGUUGGGCCCCCUGGGCCCUGCGACCCUCCCAAUCCCCCCUCUCCCCAAAUUACGCCCAACCCCCAAUCACACUGACAUACUGACACAUACACACAGACAGACAUAUUAAAACAUUCACAGAUACAUACUGACACACACAUACACUGACACACAAAUAUAUACUGGCAGACAUAUUGACAUACAUUCAGACAUAUUGACACACACAUACAUACACACAGACACAUACACACGCAGACAUGCUGACACACACAGGCAUACUGAUAUACACACACUGACACAGACAGACAUAGUGACACACACAAAGACAGACAUACUGACACACACACAGACAGACAUACUGACAUACACACACAGACAUACUGCCACACACACAGACAUACUGACACACACACAUAGACAUACUAACACACACAGACAGAUAUUUGACACACGCACACAGACAGAUAUUUGACACACACAGGCAUACUGACUUACACACAGACAGACAUACUGACACACAGACACACAUACACUGACAUAAUUUUGACCACACACACAGACAUGCUGACAUACACACACAGGCAUACUGACAUAACACACACACAGACAUACUGACACACAGACAUACUGACACACACACAGGCAUGCUGACAUACAUACAGACAGACAUACUGACACACACACUGACAGACAUACUGACACACACAGACAUACUGACACGCACAGACAUACUGACACGCACAGACAUACUGACAUACAUUUAGCCACCCUCCAACCACCCUUACCUUUUCUGGAGAGUGGUUUCCCUGGGGUCCAGUGGCAGGCUGAGGCAGUUGGGAGUUCUCCUCUGAAACUCCUCUCCUCCCUGCCUUCCUCCUCCCGCGCGGCUCUGAUCUCCUGUAGGAGGAAGUGACGCGCGGCACUCACUUCCUCCCAGCCGGCUGCCAAACAGGAAGGGGCCCGGUCGCGCUGUUUAAGCGUCACAGCCCACCAGGUGGCCCUUAGUGCAUGGGCCACCCGGGGGCCCUCUGUAGCGUGUGGGACGAUUCGGCUGCGCAAAUCGCGGGGCCCACAGGGCAGCUGCUCUGAGGGCCCCCAGGAGCAACUGGGCCGGGAGCAGCUGCCCCGUUUGCCCCGUGCUAAAGACGGCCCUGGUUAAAGGAACACAAUAGCGUUAAAAAUACAUACAUGGCCGCAUCUGCUAGUGCCACACUCUUCUGACUCUAAGCGAACCCCCUCUCUGACAGUCUGCCACCUAUAUCACAGUAAACGAUCAAACGUCAGCCAGAGUCACAAUGCUGGUCUGAGUGGAAAAUGAAAAUAUCCCCUUUAGUGGCUGUUGGGAGUAGGGUAGUGCUUCAGUGCUUUGCCCUGUAAAGCACUGCAGUUUUUCAUCAAAGGAACACUAUAGGCUCAGGAAUACAAUCUAUAUAGCCUCCUUAUUGUGUUUAAAAACAUUUUAGGUCCCUUGUGCCCCCUUCACCCUUUAAACAAGUAUAAAACUUGCCUGUUAUCUAGCAUCACGCGGGUCACCUAAUCCGCUUCCUUGGCUGAGAUCAUCAAAUUUGAUGAUCUCAGUCAAUGCAAUGCUUUCUCAUAGGAAAGUAAUGAGAGACUAGCGAGCAUGCCCGGCAAAACACAGAGCUGCGCCAAUCAACAUCUCCUCAUAGAAAUGCAUUUGACCAGUGCAUCUCUAUGGGGAAAGUUCGGCACCUCCAUGCAGUGUGAAGACGCUGGACGUCAGUGCAGUAUGUUGUGCAGCACUGACCCAUCCAGGAAACACCUCUAGUUGCCGUCUGAGUGACAGCCACUGGAGGUGUCCCUAGGAAAUAACGUAUACACUGCCUUUUCUCUGAAAAGACAGUGUUUACAUUAAAAUACCUGCAGUGACUGGCAGUACACAUCAGGACAACUACAUUAAGCUGUAGUUGUUCUAGUUACCAUAGUGUCCCUUUAACCGUGUUACAAAUGACCUGAUAUAAAAAUAUCCCAUUACUUAUCCCGUAGUUCCAUUUACAGGAGUGCUUUAUGGACACUGCAGAACUUUCUGGAAGUUGUUCAACUGUCAACUGAAUAAUAAUUCAUAGAAAUUAGGGAUGCUAGCUAUAUUUAAUUCUACAGGUUGGCAAGUGUUGAAAGGGAGGUCUUAUUGAGAAAAAAAUAACUACUCAGCAUAACUAGGAGGACCAUAAGCUACUCAUCAUACCUAUAUUAUAUUGCUCUUAUUUCACAGAGAGCUGCCACCAUCUUAGAUACUGAGAGGUUCUUACCUCAGCUGUUUAGGAAGAAGUGGGAAUCUGGACACUGGCUAACUGUGGGGAAAAACCCAGAAGGAAAUCUUGAUAAAAGAUGGUGCUUCAGGUAAGAGUAAAAUUUGAACACUCUAAACCUGCUCAUUAAAACAAGAAUCACAUCUUAAAUAUUGUUAUAUUUGCUUUAAUUCCAUACAGUGUAUUUAGUGUUCUGACUGAGAGAUUCCACGUUGGUGUAUAUGAAAUUAGACAGGAUUUGAUGUUUUUCAAAAUCUAAGUACAAUUUGUUUACCUAUUUUUUGUGUUGUGGCAAUAGUCUUACAUUUUAUUCAACUUGUUCAUAUUUGUCAUUUAGUUCUUUAGCACUAAUAGAUGUACUUAGCCCUUUAAUGUUAGAAUUGUAGUAGGAGUGAUGUGCGAUAUUUAUGUAAACUUUUUAACUCACUAAUAAAAUAUAUGGGUAGAAGUUCGUAACGUGCCGCAUAAUGAUUUUGAUGAGGGCUGGGCCUGGCUAUCGAGCCGACUGGAUGUCGUCUUCUGCAGCUCUGGCUUGAGGACAUACAGUCAGCCUAAUCUUAUCUGUUCUUGCUAAACAUCUCUUCUUGCCUCGAAUGGGCCUGGCUGCCAUCUCCCCCUUUUGAGCCCUGGGGGUUUAUCCCAGUACAUGUAAGUUAUGUUUUGUAAGCCCCGCCUACUUAUCUGCUAUGGAUUGUGUAUAUUACUUGUAGCUCAGAUUUGUCAGCAUCCUGUUCUAUGAGCACAGAACCAGGAUAUAUCAUCUACACAUAUCCAGAUGUAGAAGCAAUUCAUAAUGUUCCCAGAUAUGGGGGCCUACCUUGGUGCAAACCUGGAUCACCCCCCCCAGCCUGUACACGGGACGGAACUUCUUUUGCAAGUGGGCCCAGUUUGGAGCCCUGA